AUGCUUCAACGUACCAAAUAUAACCGCUUCAGGAAUGAUUCGGUGACAUCGGUUGACGAUCUUAUCCAUAACUUGUCCAUGAACAGCAAGGUCUCAUCAAUUGGUCCAACGUCAACACCGUCGCCGUACCUGGUCUCUCCUGAGGUUCUCCAGAAGGACCAAGAUGGACCCACCGCCAUUUGCACUCUCAUGCACAAAGUGUCCCACCUGAAACUCUCCCAUUCAGGCAGCCUUUCGGGCAUCAAGAACCUCUCAUCUGCAGUGAAGGAGCUUGCUGCCUCCAAGUUGCAGGGGAGCUCGGCAGCAGAGGCUUCAGACAACACAUGUAACCUUGCCUCUGCCACUCCGUCUUCUCAGCAGGACAAGAGCAAGAUGAACACAGGGAAAAAACCAUGGUCAGAGGAAAUGAACCUGGGAGGCGAAGACUGGAAUCAAGGGAGCAACGUUGCCAGCAAAGUCUCCCAAGGGUGGCUGCAUUCAAAUGAGAAGAUCCUGGGACCUGGAGUGACGUACAUUGUGAAGGUUGGUCUGUUUUAUUUUCCAUUCUAUUGUUUUAAUCAAUUGGAGGGUGGUGGUGGUGGGGAAUCUUUUUCUUAUUUCAUCAGCCAGGUAGGCAGGCUGGAAGGUUUUCUCUUGGCACAUUUCAUUUCUGGAAGCACUGCAAAGAUUGUUAAGAGCAGAAAGACAUUGUCAGAAAUCCACGUUAAUUUGUUUUAAUUAAGGAAGCGUGCAUGCUGACUCGUUGGCAGUUAACAUGAUUUAAAACAGUGGGAAAGGAAUAUUUCUCAAGCAAAAGUCUUCGGUUUCCCUCUCCCCCAGAAUAGGGCAAAUUUAUUGUGCAUAAUGAUUUCUCAUAUGUCGGGUUUAAUAGAAGAAGCAAGAGUUUAUGCAUAUUGAACCUGUGCUUAUCCUUUGCCGUAUUUCAAGCAUGAAAUAUCUUCAGUGUGUGUGUGUCUGUUUCAUUUGCAAGUGUAUGUGUGUGGUUUGGGGUUUUUGGUGGAGAAAAAGCCACAGCUUGCAGUAUUUGUCAUAUUUUGCAAACCUGAAUAUUCUUUUUCCAAUUGGUGCAGGUAAAAUGCAGUCUUGUUUUACAUAACAGCCUUUCAGCCACUUUUAACAGUAUUUCUUUUCAGCACGCUGAUAGUUUAGGUGCAGAGCAGAAAUCCCAGGGUAUUUCUAGGCCAAUAUGGCUGAGACAUAUUUCAGUGUUCUUAAAAGUGUACUCUAACCAGGUAGAAUGUAAGGCAUUAUGGUGAGACUGAUGGCUUACUUUGUAGCAACUAGAGAUUUCAAUGUGUGCUCCGUUACCUGGUUGAAAAAUCACUCUGUCAAACAAUAAAUUCUUUGCUGUGUAACUGUACUGCUUUUCAGCAACAUUAAUUUGUUGUAUCCUAAAGGACUAAGCAAAUUUUUAUAUAUAUGGAGAGAGAGAGAUUCAAGAUAGCUCUGUUGAUUUCAAAGGGAAAAGCGACAGUAUUCGAAGUAGUGCUAUAAUGUGCAGACCUUUAACCUUAGUCCCACUGGUUGUAAUUUUGUAUUAAAUAUCUUGUUAAAUAUCUAUCUUGACUGCGUGCUUUUGGCAGACAUGAGAGGUGUGGGGAUUGUUUGACGAUGGUAAUUACAACAAGUGGGUUCAUUAGGAAGCAUCUCCAAAAAGGGCGAUGUUCCCCUCUCCCAUAUUAAAAUGACCACAGCACAUGAGGUGAAAUAAGAUCUUCAUCGCUACCUUUCAGAACAUACUGUGUGCUAUUUGACAAUGAGGGAGGCAUGUAAGUUGACACUGUGCCUCAGACUAGCUGUUCUCUGUCAUAUCUUAUAAGUAUUUUGUUGCCCACAAAAUUCACCUGAUUCCAGAAACUUGUGCAAUAUUUGUGCUUUAUGGUUGGCAAGAUACGAUUGCUAGUGGUGGUAGUCAGUGCGGUAGUCGUCUUUUUCUAGAAAAAGAGGUGGGGUAGCUCCCCACGAACUUCUCCCUUCUUCUCUUAGAAUGGCAAUGGUGUCUACCUGAGAGGUGCUGGAACUGCACUCCUGUGAGCUUUGGCUGAGAAAACAAACCCUUUGAGAGGAUGGCUCUCACCCUGCUGUGGUUAGUGUCAGUUCUAAGCAUGCAUAGCUUAUAGCACCUCAGAAAGGGUGAUGGGGACCAGGCCACUGUCGAUAGACAGACGAUGUGAACACAAGGGCUUAGGGAUUAUUACACGAUCACUUGAGAACUAAGAAGAAAGCAAGAAAUAUAAAAACAUCACAACACUGAUUCCAGUGAUAUAUAAACUGUCAAAUGUAAGUCGUGUCAUGAUGACAUAUAUAUAUAAAAAUACCGGCUAAUAGGCAUGACGCCAAGUGGAUGGACAAAAUCUUUGUAUUGCUCAUUUACUGAUCAUAAAGCACCUAACGUAAGCCGUUCUUCUUAGGUUAUACCUUCUCUUAAUUAUAUCUGACUCUUCAUCUAUAAGUGCAGCAUUCACACACAUGAGAAUAGAAGUUCUUACGUUAAAAACAUUUUUGUAUUUUAGAGAUUGCGUCCAAUCAAAAUUUCAAAACCGGCACAUAGGCAGGGUACACUGAAAGGGCAGUUCAUUAUUAACUAUCAACACGGCUAUAAUUUUACAGGUGACAUAAAAACUACAAGUACUUUUGGUGGCUCCUUUCAGAAAGAUAUGAAUUUUGCCAAAUAGAUGGCAAACUUAUCAACAAUAGAAAUGUUGAGAAUUCAGCACAAGGUUCCAUCCUCGUCAAAUACACUUUCAUAAUUCCUCGCCCUUCUCGUUCGCCAUGCUUUAUUUAUAGACAUAAUCAUAGUAGAUUAAAAAGGUGGUCAUUUUCUAAAAGUUUUUAUUCACUUUGGUCAUAUUACCCUGGCUUUUAAAACAUUUUGACAGCUAGCUAUACUGUUUAGUAUUUGAUUUUGGAUGGUGAUGUAUGAGAGCUUUAUGUUCCUUGCAAAACAAUUUAAAGUGGAAAGCUUAAAAAUACAAAUGUUAUUCCCCCAUUUUCAAGGAUAGAGGUAUUCAUACCAGUGUGGUAACAAGGUAACAAUAAUAUGUUGUUGGCUGAAACAGCAUUUUUCUUUGGCAUUAACUGUUAGGAGUCAUAGAUAGCUUGACUUCAGUUGGUCUGCGAAGUAAAUUCCACCAAGGAAAUAGAAAAUUCAUAGUAAUUCUAAGAAAUGGUGAUGACAAGAGUCUUGGCAUUGUUGCUGAAUAUUGUGUGUAUGGUUCUUUGGGGGGUGGAGACUGGAGGCUUGGGUUUAAAGGGUGGCAAAUGGGAGGAAUUAGGCCUUGGAACAAUCUCAGUAGUUCACAUUUAUGUUCUGUGAAAGAAUGUUAUUUGGUAAAGGGAGAAAGUGUGAUGUGCAGAUGUUCCAGGUAUAGAACAAAUGAAGAGGGGAAGCUGAACUUCGUGGCCCUUCUAGUUCUCCUUCAAGCCUUUGAUUCCGUGAAAUGAUAAGAGCUUUUACACCGUUGGCUUUCUAAUUUCUCGGGAAAAAUCUUCCUUCGUUUCCAGUAUCUACUGAUUCAUUUCCAGUGUCUGCCAACGGUGCCAAAGUCAGCGCUAACAAUACAGAGCAAAAUGGACCAUUUUUUUUAUAAAUGUGUAGUUCGAAACACUAGUUCCCAACAAUUCAGUGGUAAGAGGAACCAAAGCAAUUCUAGAAUUUUCUGAGCAGACAUUCAAAAUUCACCGUGCAAUGCAAGAGGCUAGUUCAUAUGGUAUAUCAGGUCCUCCCUUGAAGAGGAUACGUAUUGCAGUGAGACCUGGCAACCUAACCCUGUGUUGUGGGUGGGUACAUUUGGACAGCCACAACACCCGAUUGGUAGGUCCCUUGUUGCUGGGUGCAAUCUGGCCAAUGGGAUGCAGUCCAAAUGGUUCGAAGGACCUAUUUAUACCCAUGCACGUGACCCAGAGUUUCCUCUUUCAGCACGUUCAUUUGGACCACCUGCCCACCUCUCCCUAUUUUUAGGGCUUUGCGCUUGACCUUGCUAUGCCGUUGUGUGUCAUCUGUCGUUGGGACAGGGGCCCGGCAGGAAUUUUCCCCACUUGGCUGAUUGGCUGUUGCCAUUUGGGUUUCGCCUGCCGCGUAGCAAAUCGUCACAACUUGUAAGGUUGCAGAUAGGGUCUGGUUCAGGUGAUAGGGAUGGGGGAACACUCUCGCCAUCCCUAUAUGAAGGGUAUUCUGUUAAAGGAAUCCAGGGACUUGAUGGUUUGGUCAACCCCUGAGAGGGAGUUGUGCCCGUGCCUGAGUCCGGGGGGGGGCAUUUGGGUGGCAGAUAUAGCCCGUUCCUGGCUUUCCGCUGAUCCAGGUGUUCACCUUAGGCUGACCUAUGCUGGUGCCCUGGGUCAGCACUACCUGCAUGGCAGGAAGCUAGUCGAACCAGAGCCUAUGCAACCAGUCACUUUCUGUAAUCAAUAAAGUUGUGGCCUAAAUUCUGCCAAAAACCAAAACCAAAAUUUGAGUCAAGUGUGAAUUUAUUUAGGGGGGGAGGUUUCUGGGUCUGAACAUGCAAACGGGGAAAAUGGAACAAGAGAAAUCCACUCGUGGAAUCAACCGUCUAGGCACCUAGUCAAUGAAAAUGAAAAUGCUCAUUUGAACAUACUUCCACAUCCCAGUGAUCGUGCAGACCAAAUUAUACAGGUUGGACGUGCUUUAUAAUGAAAAUGGGGUGUGUGCUACCAGUUGUUAUGUGUGAGGUUUCCUGUGACUGGACCUGAGCUGCAGUUAAGACUUUUCUAAUCACACAUAUUUUAUGAGACAAAUAUUUCUUUUAAAUGAAAAAUGGAUAAAAAUUAGCUUGGCAUCUUAUCUAUUUAUCAAGUAUAUAUAUAUGUUUGUGUGUAUGUGCGUGCAUGUGUGUACACACACACACAAAGUGCUUUUUUCUGGGGGUUACGCAGGGGUACACAUACCCCUAAACAUUUUGUAAAUCUGUGUACUUUUGUCCAUUUACUGUAUUUAUUUUCCCCAAUUUGAACUAUAAAAUGGUGAUUUUCUUGAUUCAAAAUGAGAGUACCCCUAAACAUUUUUUUUUAGAAAAAAAAGCACUGUGUGUGUGUGUGUGUAUAACUUCCUCCUUUAGUUCUUUCUUUUAGUGUAAAUGAUUAGAGAUAUUUUAAAACAAAUUACCUGCAGAUCACUACACGGUUAAGUGUACAUACAUCUUGCUGAUUUCAGUGGUCCUGGUGUGUCUGUAUGAUGUUUGUGUUUUAAUUAAAGAAAAGUGGGAUUAAAAAAAAGCCCUACAUCAAUCAGUCAACAGACAAAAUAAAUAAUCACAUAACUACAUAAGCUUGCAGCCUGAAGCUGGAAUAUAUAAUUAUUAAGAACCAAGGUUUUAAAAAGCCUGACACAUUGUUGAGACAUUAUACCACUUCUGAGGCACGGUAUCAUGUUGAAGGCAAAUUCAAAGGAGAGAGAUGCAUAUUAGCAUAUAUUAUGAACCAUACUGGAGAAGAAGUAGAAAAAUUACAAUACCUGGUUUGCAAUGAUAAUUGUUAGAAAUUAGCAUCCGGGCUGAGUUUGAACUGAAGCAGAGUAUAUCUCAUUAUCACUAUCUCUGAUUAUGACACAUAUUUUUUUUAAAGUGGCAUGAAUAUGUUAAUCGGAUGCUAAAGAUGUAUGUUAACCGUCCUGAGCAUCACUAGAAAUGUUCUCUGUGAGUAAUGCUACGCACAUUAGCAAUGACAGAACCGUUGCACAAAACAGAGGCCAAAUUAUUAUCCAUUUAAAUGGACACAUUUUAGGUUGCAAGCAAAACAGCAUUUAGGAGAAAUUCACACUAAAAUGCUGAUGAAUUUUCAUGAAGGCUUUAAAAAAAAAAAAAGACAUCACAAACUGUUAUGGAAAUGUGAAGACCUGAAGUUAAGAUUGGAAAAAUGAGAAACUGAGAGGGACCAAAAGUAACAGAUUUCCCUGUCACUAUCAGUGACUGUUUAUAAAUUUUCUUUGACUUGCAUCUUCUCACAAUCGGUUGGGGAAGAUAGUCUCAGCUCACCAUAAAAGUUGUUGGACAUGAACAUGGACUUAAUCCUCUGUAUUGCUGUGUAUUGUGAGAUGUAGGUACUGUUGCACCACCCAUGGUCACUGUGCUACUAAAUUCAAUAUAUAUGUAAGUGGACAAUUUUCAAGGAAUUUGCAUUUGACUUCAAAAGUGGCAGCUUACUCACAACGAAGGGAUUGGUAAAAAGGAAGCUGAAAAGAAUGGCCAGAGGGCCACAUCUCUCCAUAAAGUCUUCUUCUUUGGCGAUCACUUGUGGCCGAGUUAGAUUGUCUUCCAUGAACACGGUCUUAACAAUAAGUCCGUAAGUGACUGUGGAGGCCAAUUCUGGAUCCACACAUCCUUCCACAGUGGGGACAUAGGUUUCCAGGAGGGAGUUGGUCAUGGUGAGGGUUUGCCAAGCAUGCCUUCCUCUUAGCACGUUUCUUGUCCUGAGUUCGUGUUUCUUCAAAGUCCAUGACACCUUUAGUAAAGGCUGUUCUCCAACUGGAGCGCUCGCAGGCCAGUGUUUCCUAGUUGUUGGUGUUUAAACUACAUUUUUAAAGAUUUGCCUUGAGAGAGUCUUUAAACCUCUUUAAACCAAUAUUCUCCAUAAAGUAUUGGGGAUGGCGUUAUUCAAAAUCAUAAUAAUAAAAGCUUAGGUAGAAUGUGUACCUGUGCAGAUUAGGAAAUGUGCUCUCCAGGACGGAUGAUUGAAUCAGUCUAUUUCAGUUUCUUUCAGUUUCUUAGAUCUGAAAUUCACUUCUCCACAUUUCCAUAUCAGUUUACACACACGCACGCACACACACGCAUGCGCACACACACACACACACACACAAACAUAUAUAUCUACAUAAAAAUUCAUUGGGAUUUUAGUGCAAUUUUUGCCUAACGUACACAUUUUUGCAAAGUACCGUAUUUUUUGCUCUAUAGGACGCACUGGACCAUAGGACGCACCAAACCAUAGGAGGGGGAGAACAGGGGGGAAAAAAUCUUGUUCUCCCCCUCAGAAACAAGGUGCGUUUAAGGUGCAUUCAAGAGCAGGUCGGGGAACAGUGCAAAGGCUGCACACAGCCUUGCCGUUGCCCCCCGAGCUUGGGGGGCUGGCAGUGGGGGAAAGCACCGCCAACCUCAAAGAUCCCUGAAGCCUUUGGAGUGCAACUUCGGGGACAGCCUUUCAAGCCUCCACAGGGCGGUGAGGUGCCUUCACCCCGCUGCCCUGUGGAGGCUUUGCGCAGCCAUCCCAAAGCUAGAACAGCGAGACGGAGGGCUGCGCAGCGCCCCGUCUUGCUGUUUUGGCUUCGGGGACAGCCUUUCAAGCCUCCGCAGGGCAGUGGGGUGCCUUCACUCCCGCCGGGCUCCGCAGGCUUGCGGAUAGCUUCCUGAAGCCUGGAGAGAGAGAGGGGUCAGUGCGCACCGACCCCUCUCGCUCUCCAGGCUUCAGCAAAAGCCUGCAUUCGCUCCAUAGGACACACACACUUUUCUCCUUCAUUUUUGGAGGGGGAAAAGUGCGUCCUAUAGAGCGAAAAAUACGGUAAAUUUCCCUUCUUUGUACUGCCUUUUUGUAUGCUGUUUUCAGGACUAUGUGCAUUUUUAUGCACACCUUACAUUAGUAUAUGCACUUUUAUAUACAUUACUUGACUGGAGAAGUACACUGCAACAUGCAAGGAAGUGUGACUUUCAAGAGAAUGCUGUGUUUCAAUUUCUGUCUUGUUUCAGAAAGCAGGAAUUAGGUAGAUUCAUUUUUAGGUAUAAACUGAGUUGAAUUUCUCCCCAACCCUGCUUGGCAGUCCAAGAGGACACCAGCAGAGUCAAGGAAGCUAUUAUAGGAAUGAAGGCUUCCUUCAGAAAAUCAAUGUCUUGCCCAAAUCAUAGAAUUGUAGAGUUGGAAGGAACCCCAAGGGCCAUCUAGUCCAACCCCCUGCAAUGCAGGAAUCUCAACUAGAUCACAAACACAAACUUUGGGGAAAUUGGCCCAAGCAGACAAUAAGGGAUGGAGGAGAGAAUUUGAGGAACAUAUUGCUUAAAACAUGAAGACCAACAUUUUUUAAAAAUAUAUAUAUUUAAAUACAUGAGGGAUGGAUCUACACACAGGAAAAACCCAUGCUAUAAAUACGUCGGAAAUUAAAUCACUAUAAUGAAAGAAAAAACGCUAUGGAAAAUUGCUUAGAUUUUUCUUUGCUCUCCAGCGCCAUCUGGUGUUGUAUGUUUAUAGUACAUUCAAAACGCUGUUUCUUGACUAAUGUAAUUGAGUAGGGAAGUGUCUAGGUAGGCAGCCAUUGGACAACAAGUGAGUUAAAGCUGCGAUAAAGGAGAAUAAGGAGAUUGCAGAGAAUCUGAAUGUAUUCUUUGUGUCUGUCUUUUCUACAGAAGAAGACAGGGCAGAUAACUGAUAUUUUCAGGAAGAGGCUUGAAGAACUGAGACAAAUACUGGUAAUAAGAGGUGAAGGAAUAUGCCUUAUUGAGAAACUUAAAUUUAACAAAUCACUGGAUCCAUAUAUAUCUUGUUCAUCUUCUAACAACAACAAAAACAAUGUAGCUUGUCUCUAAGAUUGAUCUCUGUGCCUGAAGACAGGAAACUGAUAAAUGUAGUUCCAAUUUUUAAAAAAUGAGGUGGCCAAGUUUGCAGAAGACUCAUGAUGCCAAACUAUUCAAGGUGGUUAAAACAUAACAAAAGGGAUCUCUCCAAACUUGGGGAAUGGGCAUUAAAGUAGCAAAUGCAGUUCAGCGAAAGCAUGUGUAAUGUAUUAGGGCAAAAGUUCAAAAUUUCCUAUAUGCUGUUGGGACCUGAGCCUAUGUUGAAUUACCAGGAAAGGGAUCUCUGGGGUUUGGAGAGUAGCUCAAAGAAGAUACAGUGGUACCUCGGGAUGCGAACGGGAUCCGUUCCGGAGCCCCGUUCGCAUCCUGAAGUGAACACAACCCGCAUCCGCGCGUUUGCGCAGGUCAUGUUUCGCCGCUUCCGCGCAUGCACGUGAUGUCAUUUUGACCAUUUGCGCAUGCGCGCACAGCGCAACCCGGAAGUAACGCGCUCCGUUACUUCUGGGUCGCCGCGGAGCGCAACCCAAAAAUACUUAACUUGAAGCACAUUUAUCCCGAGGUAUGACUGUAUCAACCUAGUGAACUGUUGCUGCAAAAAGGGCAAAUGCAAUGUUAGAAAAUAUUAGAAAAAGCAUCAAAAAUAAAACGACCAAUAUUAUAAUGCCAUUACGGUGCAAUUACACUUGGAGUACUGUGUCCAGUCUUCUUUACUGGAUAUAAAAAAGAGAUGAACAAGAGCAGUAAAAGGCAGUUAAGAUCAAGGGGCUGCAACAGUUACCUUAUGUCUGUGAAAUGCCCUCCUUAGGGAGUCUCGCCUGGCUCCUUCAUUACAUAUUUUUAGGUGCCAGGUGAUAACAUUUCUCUACAACCAGGUGUUCGGUUGGUUAACAUUCUAUAGCUUUUUUAAUGUGUUUGGGGAGGGUUUACUGGUUUGUUUUUGUUUUGUUACGUUUUCUCGUUUUGUAUUUUUCUGUUGUGAACCACCCUGUGAUCUUCGGAUGAAGGACAGUACAAAUUUUACAAAUAUUUAAAAUGAUGAUGAUGAUGUUUGGGGCUAUGUAGUUUAGAAAAAAGUUGAGCAAGGGGGACCAUGAUAGAUACAUACAACUAUGCACAGUGUGGAGAAAAUGGACAGAGAAGUGGUUUUCUUCCUCUCUCCUCCUCCUCAUCAUCAUCAUCAUGGAAGUUAGGGUCACCCAAUGAAGUUGAAUGGUGGAAAAUGUAGAACAGACAAAAGGAAGCACUUUACAGAGAGCGGAGUUAAUAUGGAAUACAUUUCCAUGUGCUCUUGAACACCAACUUGGUCCGCUUUAAAAUAGGAAUUAGACAGAUUCAUGGAGAGAAAGGCUAUCAAUGGUGACGGUAACAAGAUAUAGAAUCUCCAGCAUUAAAUUAUAAUCACCAAAUGUAAAGGUGAAGGUAAUGGACCCCUGGAUGGUUAAGUCCAGUCAAAGGCGAUUAUCCUUGCUGUUUAUGAUCUGAAACUUUUCGUACAGCUGUGAGUUUGUUAUAUUUGCUUAAUCUUUUGCUGCUGGUUUCUAUCCUGUGGGUUUCGUGGCGGGUUUACUAGGAAAUAAGGCUCAUUUGCAUAGGAAAUUGGUCAGUUUGCAUCAGAAUCAGCAGAGAACACUAGGGAGUGUUUGGCAUAUUUAUUUUACUUGUAUUUAGUAAACAAGGCCAAAAACUUUGAAACUACCAAGAUUGCCCAAUAUUGUAUUUACAGCUGGCACACAUUCAUUGUUACUAAGCUGGGGUGGGUGAGUGGGUGGGAAUCUAGCCCUGGAUGGGUGGGUGGGCGGGAAUCUAGCCCUGGACAUUUUUCAGCAGAAAAUUGUCCACCCCACAUCGCCGGAAACUGCUACUGCAAAAACAAAUAGCAACCUCUGUGUGUGACCAGGCAGAAUAAUUUAAUACAAUUGCGCCUGUAAUUCUUUCCAUUCACCCCCAAUGUUUCCUCUUGCUGUUUGUGAUUAGAUUGUAAGCUGCUUGAAGCAGAGAGGUGUGUCUUUCUGAAAACAACAACACGAUACCUGUUACUUUGUAAAGCAAUUUAUAGACUGAUGAUGCUAUUUAAAUCAUUGUUGCUGUUCCUUUUGCUAAGGAUUUACAGAAAUGAUAGCUGGGUGAUCCUCCAUCCAAUUUCAGGCAAUUUCCAGCAUCUGCAAUAGCCCCUGCACCUCGUUCCAUAGGGCUCAGAAGGCUUCCCCACUCUCAAGGCUUUUCAAGGCUUUGCAAAGAGGGGUGGGAAUAGUUGUUACUGCAAACCAUUUACAUGUCACUUCUACACAGAUGGUUUUGCAGAUUGUCUCUUUGGUUAAUUCUUGCUACAGUUCUCAUAAGGUAGGCCAGUUGGUCCAAGUCUACCCCCAACUUCCUUAAGUGACCUGGACACGAGAUCCGAACUACUGUACUUUGAACUGAUGCACAAAUGAAUAUUGCACUGGCUUACAUUUCUCUUCCCUCGUCUCUUUUACAUCGCAACCAUUGUCCAAUAGUUGCUAUUAUGGUUUUGCUAUCACUUAUUUAUAGUGCAUUCUUAAGAAGUGUUUGAAGUGCAAUGCUACACGUUACCGCCUCAGACAUCGAUCAGGCAAUUAAUUGCAAACAGUUUUUGUGCUAUUUAAAGGAGAGCCUAAAAUAACACACACUGACUCAUAGCCACGCAGUAGAAUUCAGAAAUAUGUCCUGGUUUCUGAGGGAUCUAUGCACAGCGUAUAAAACAAUGCAUCCUGGUGUUUCUGUAUGGGAACUUGGUUUUUUCCCCUCUUGGUAUUAUCUUGUGAUAGCUGAAGUACAAUAUUUAAGUACAAAUUUGUUUCAUUUUUUAUAUUAAAAAAACCACAUCCGUUUCUGCUGCAGCAGUCAAUAAAACCAUUUCCUUUCUCUGCUGUGCUAAUCAAAUCAGUUCUGGUAUCCCUUCCUUUAGCUUUGGCUGUUACAGCAAUAAUUCUUUACUACGCAUAUUGCUUUUUGCAUUUUUUCUCUUGGGCCUGUUCUUGCUUCGCUCCUCCAAGGCUUCAUCCUGUCCAAGGCUGCCCUGUGAUUCCAAGGCUGGAUACGGAUUUGACGUGGCAUCAGUGCUGGGCUGUGAGCUUGAGCCACCGGUCUGUGCUCCCUGGAGCAGCAAUCCGAGCAAUGACCCAAUUAGUUAAAAGCUAUAUUUAUUUAAAAGAACCAUACAGACAAAGGGUUGAUCACAAGCAUUGCAAAAUGCCAACAAAAAAGAAAAAAGCUCUAAUGCACUGGGGGAGGCAGGGAAUCAAAAUGUGUGCACUGUGGGGAUUGAUUUUUUUAAAGAAGUCAUUUCUGGAAUUGAACUCAUCCAUUAAAGAGCACCAUUUGUCCUCCCAGCCCAGUUUACCACAAGCAUUGCCCCUAAAUGUCCUUGAUAAGCAACAGAGGGGAAAUCGUUGCAUCAACGUUUGCUGCGCCAAAAUGGCUUCUGAUGCCAUUGCAACAAAAUCCGAUAGGGUUCUGCCAGUGCGUUACCUCUUUACUGGGCACCUGUUUUAAAGAGUUUGCAUGAUGUUGGUGCAACUGCAUCAGGGCAGGAACAAGGUGUCAGUAACAGAUCCAACGAUAGACUAGGAACUGUAGUAUUGGGUCCAUGGUGAGACCAUUGUGACUGGUCCUACGUAGAUGUUUCAGUGGCAGAACGAUGUUCAUAGCUUUGGGACUCAGCUGGUAAGUUGAUGUAAUUAGAUGACCUCACAGGAGAAGAGUAAAAGUAUAUACAGUAGUACCUCAGGUUACCAACGCUUCAGGUUACCAACGCUUUGGGUUACAAACACUUUGGGUUACAGACUCCACUAACCCAGAAGUAGUACCUUGGGUUAUGAACUUUGCCCCAGGAUGAGAAUGGAAAUCAUGCGCUGGCGACGCUACGGCAGCAGGACGCCCCAUUAGCGAAAGCAUGCCUCAGGUUAAGAAUAGUUUCGGGUUAAGAAUGGACCUCCGGAACGAAUUAAGUUUGUAACUCGAGGUACCAUUGUAGUUUAAGCUAUAAGACAUUCUUACUUGAUUUUCUGCCUCCCUUCUUCACGUUUUCCAUCCUCUCAUUCCUAUUCAAUGAUAUAUAUGUAUUUUCCACGUGAGUCAAUUGUCUCGGAUAUUUGUACAUAAUCCUCUUUCCAGUGCUUAUUUGUUUCUUUUAUACAGUGGGUGCUUGGGUUGCGAAUGUGAUCCAUGCGGGAGGCACGUUCGCAACCCGCAGUGUUCGCAAACCUGCAGCGCCGCAUCUGCACAUGCGCGGGUUGUGACUCAGCGCUUAUGCACAAGCGCACAGCGCGAUUUAGUGCUUCUGCACAUGCACAACCACCGAAACCCGGAAGUAACCCGUUCCGGUACUUCCGGGUUUCAGUGGGUCCGUAACCCAAAAAAAUGCAACCGAAAGCAUCUGUAACUCGAGGUAUGACUGUAUCUGUUUUUGGUUUGUUUGUUUUUACAUUGUAUCACAAAAACCCGAAAACCCUAAUAUAAACAAUUACAACAAGAACAGCAGACAAAAAAUUAAUCUAAUCUGAAAACAUUUCAAUGCCGUGUCAUUUGAUUGUAGCAGUUGCUGUUUUUCUGAGUUGACACUACAGCCAAAGCAUAACAUUCUUGUUGGCUUUUGAACAGUAAAGUACGUAACAAUAAACAAUUGCUAUUCCGUUUUCCAGUUUAAUGGGGAUUUAUGGAGGGAAAUUCCUGCCGGAUGGUGCUUUAUGUUUUUAGAAUUUUCCAUCCCAUCUCUUUUGCUUCCUCCCUUUCUUUUUAAAUCCAGGACAGGGCACAUAUUCAAGUACAGUCUAUAAUGAGAAAUGGCCAUUAGAGAGGUAUUGAUUCAUUAGAACAAUUUCCAGAUGGGAAGCCAUGCCAGUUUGUUGCAGCAAUGACAACAGUCUUUUGGCACCUUAAAGGCUGACAAAUUUAUUAUGGCAUAAGUCUGCACGAGCCAGAGUCCACUCCAUCUGAUGAAUUGGACUCCAGUCCACAAAAAGUUACACCAUAUUAUAUACUGUAUAUAUAUGGGCUUUUAAGGUGCCACAAAAAUCUUCAUUGUUUUGUUUCUUCCUUUGCUCCCUCUUUCAUGAGAUAUUAUAGUACUGAACACUAUAUUAAUAUUACUUUAAUACUGUUAAAGGUAAAUGUACCCCUGACCGUUAGGUCCAGUCGCGGAUGACUCUGGGGUUGCGCUCUCAUCUCGCUUUACUGGAUGAGGGAGCUGGCGUUUGUUCGCAGACAGCUUCUGGGUCAUGUGGCCAGCAUGACUAAGCCACUUCUGGUGAACCAGAGCAGCGCAUGGAAACGCCGUUUACUUUCCCGCUGGAUGUACCUAUUUAUCUACUUGCACUUUGAUGUGCCUUCGAACUGUUAGGUGGGCAGGAGCAGGGACCGAGCAACGGGAGCUCACCCCGUUGCGGGGAUUUGAACCGCCGACCUUCUGAUCGGCAAGCCCUAGGCUCUGUGGUUUAGACCACAGUGCCCGCCGUGUUAAGAACAAUAUUAAAUACUGAAUUUCUACAAUUGCACCCUUGCACCUAUAGUAUACACCUUCCGAUGUGUUUUAUGUAGGAACAGAAUAAUCAUUGUUUAUUAGUACUUCAGAGAGUGUUAAUAGCGUCCAAAGGAGGUCUGAUUCAGGUUGCUUAGUUUUAACCUUUUCCCCUGCAAAAUUUCCUAUAAUAACCUCUGCUCCUGCCUCAGCUGUUAUUUGCCACAUUGAACAAAACAUAUGACACCUAUUUGUGUCCUCUCUGCUGCUGCUGGGGCAAAUAGCAGCUUUAGGGGAGCACUUUGAUUGGAAAAAAACAGUGGCGGGAAGGGAUAGUUUAACCCUCCUCUCCCACCUCCACAGUCCCAAGCCUACUCAGACAUGUAAUUCUAUUUUUUUAUGUUUACUUAAAAAACUGUUGGUUUUAUUGAAAUGCUGAGUGUUAUUAAGUCUUGCUGUUUUUGGUCUUAUAGCUAUUUAAUGUGAACCCACACCUCCCUCUUGUUUCUCAGUAGUUUCCAGACGUCCCCGUUUCCUGGGGACAGUCCCCAUAUUUACAAAUCAGUCCCCUGACAAAAUCCAUCUAUUUAGUAGGAAGUUGAAAAGUGUCUCCUGAUUCAUUGAAAAAAAAUCUGGUAACCUUACAGAAGACACCUUUGGGCUUGCAACCCUGUCUGCGCUCACUGUCUGAGUUCACUAUUAGAAGGAGUGAUGUAUGCACUAACACAAUAUGUUCAUGCAAUAACACAUAUUACAUUGAUUAACUUGUGCCAUGGAGUUUGAUGUAUCUAUGGCUCAGGAAAUGAACAAAUAUAAACUUUAAUGUGCCAACCUUGCUUUUCUUAUUAUCUGUCUGAAUUGAUUUGCUAAAAUUUAGCAGCUCGCAGCGAACCUCCCAGUUUUCAUUUCAAGAAUUGCUUUUGGCCAAAAUAUUUCCCCCCGUAACCUAAAGGACAGUAUUUGUUUUGUUCAAGUAUUCUCGGCUCGUUUAAAAUGAGGUGGCAAAGAAACUGUGAGCUUAAUGUGCAUCUCGCUUCUGAAAAUUGAAUUGUAAAUGGAUAAUGGCAAUGGACACAGUCUAUGGGUGUUUUUAGACACUCUCUGUUUUGCGGUAGAAUUCAAUCACAUACAGUACCAGCAAAUUCCAGCUGUGGAAUUCCAGCUGAUCAGGAGGUAUUAUGCAACAAACCCACUUCCUAAGAAGAUUAGGUUUUUGGCGAUAAGGAAAGUGAUGGGAAAAUGCACUGGAAAAUGUCGGAUAACACUUGCUCUCUGACCUCUCUGCAAACAAAUCAUAAUAAAUGCACAAUAAAUACCUCGCUUCACCCUCCUUCCAGUUAAAUCAGAACAAACUCUCAAUAAACAGGCCAUCUAGAGCAUUUGCUUUUUCUUCUCUGAAGAUGAAGAGGGCUUCCAUAGGGGGGGCUUAACUGGAGAUAUUGCAAAUAAGUUAUUGGCAGCAUUUUUUAAAAAAAUUACUUAUUGAAUUCCCAGCUUGGAAGGGUGAAUCCAGAUUAAACAGGAAAGGGUGGGAUUUAGGCUGGCAUUUUGAAGUCAAUGGCAUCAUAUGGACAUUGCAAAAACAUGCAUGCCUGAGGAACACUGAUCCCGCAAGGAAAUCUGUAGGACUUCCCACUUCAUUUUAUUAUUAUGAUUUUAUUUAUGAUUUUCAGUUUUAUACAUCUCAAUAAUUUUACAAUCAUUUUAACAUUUCAAAACUCAACUUCCCCCUCUCUCUGCGGUUCCUUAAAUUUGUUUUUUAUAUUUUCUGCAUAUUCCAAAUUGACUUAAGUUACUCAUUUUUUCAUCUACUUUAAAUAUAUACUCUUAUAAAACUUCAGGUUUUAUAACUGCCAACGUUCUUAUCUAUUUACAGUUUAUUUGUAGAUAUUCCAUAAACCAUUUCCAUUCUUUUAUAAAAAGUUUGUUAUCUUGAUUUCUUAUUUUUCCGGUACAUUUCGCCAUUUCUGCAUAUUUCAUAAGUUCUUCUAUCCCUUCUUCUUCUUUCUACAAGUAACAUUCUACAGCGACUACAGAGGACUUCCCACUUCAGCUUAGUAAAUCAAUAAGUCAAGGAGUUAGGGUUGCCUCUGGCAAUCCUAUCAGAACGAGACUGCUCAGUGUGACCUAGGAAGUUCACAGUAUAUGCUGAGAACGCUCUUAGUAGAAGAAGGGCAAGAAGGCAACUAAAUUUCUCCCCUCCACAGAGCUACGAAACUGGUGAGAAGCUGCAGUGAGCAUCCAAGGUGGAUGUGGAUUUGAGACUUUUUACUGCAGAGCUCUUGAUUUUCUAUUUCUUAAAUGGCAGAUUAAUAGUACAGUUUCCUUUACAAAGCAAAUGCAUAGCCCACCAGCUAUUCUGUUAACUAUUAAAGGAAUUUAAUGCCUUUCUCUUGUUCGUCAUCCACGCCCUCCUGAGAUUGAAGAAUUAGAUUAAAUUGCAGCCUUAAAUCUCUAUGUCUGCUUGUCUUUCUCCAGUGCUCAAAUCUCACCCAUUAGAACGUAAUUCAGAUAUGGGAACUGCAUAUUAAGAGAUCUUCUUUCACACAUGAAUAUAUCUGAAAACACACAUAUUCAUAUCUUUCCCUCAUGUGCAAUUAACACCGUGGAUAUUUCUUUUAAUGAAGCCAUUUUUGUGUUAUCACAUUGCUGUACAAGUAAUCAGUUCAACAUGAAUAAAUCUUGGCAAGUUUUCGAAGGAAGGCUCCUCUUUUCCAGCUAAAACUAUUACAAUGCGACGCUGAGACAGAUUGUAUGCAGACAGCCAUGAAUUCAAAUCUCCCUAAGUAAGAAAUUUCUAAUUUUGCAGGCCUAUUUUUAGAAUAGUUAAUAGAGGGCUGGCUGUCGACCAGCGUUUUCGGGGAUUUUCUGCGCCAGGAUUAAAUGCAGAUGACUUUGCUGCUCGCAUCAUCAAAAUGUAUACCUCUGACCAGACGUUGCGUAGAAUCUCGAGGGUACGGGGUAUUGCAUUUUUGUUCAUGAAAUAUUUCUAAGGUCACAUUGCAGCACCUUUAUUUUUUAUACUUCAUUUAAACUGCCAUUUCAGCGUCUGCUGGGUGGGUGAUAGGGACCGGGGGACUCUUAGCAAAGGUUAUAUGGGUAAUAUUUAAGAUUAAUUGCAGGGGGGGAAAUGGCUGAGAAGUUCCUGACCCAUGCCUGAGUCCUGUUUCUGUUUGCUGGCCUUCCAGCAGUUGUAAUUUAUGCAAUGUCAGGUGGCUGUCCCUUUCUUUUAUAUCGUUGCGAUUUGAGACCCCCCCCCAGUACACCCCAAAAAUGAAACACAGUGACACAGGAUUUUAGUUUAAGUUACUGGGCAAAAUUUAGGCCACAACUUUAUUGAAUACAAAAUGUGAGUGGUAUUGGCUUAGGCAUUGGAAUCAUCCAAACUGGUGUAUUAGAUUCCCACCCGCAUCACGGGGAAUCUGAUAAAAGGGUGAAACACUGCCAGAGGGAGCACCGCCAGAGGGUCCAGACUGGCGCUCACCCCCGGUGCCCCCGUGGGGUCCUGGUAUGGCCCUAGCCCCUUAGGCCAACCCCUAGAUUCCUUUAAAGGAAUUCCCUUGAGCUUGGAGGGGCAGGUGAUAGCCGCACCUCCCCUCCCCACACAUUGCUGAUCCAAUGCCUAACCGCCAAACCUUACAAAGUUGUGACGAUUGCUACUGUGGUAGGUGAAAACCAAAUGGCCCUGCCAAUUUGCCAGAUGGAAAAAUUCCUACCAGGCCCCCAUUGCAAAACAGGCGGCCAACAAGUCCAUAGCAAGGCCAGAUGGACCUAAAUAAAGGAUGGGUGGGUGGGUGGUCCGCUGCACGAAGGCAAAGAGAACCAGCAAACAACGCGUAGGGCUUAAAUGUUGUUUCACAGUCACCCCACAAGCCAAGGGUCCAAGUGAUCAUGAAAUGACCAACCAGAGUGGAGCAGGGCAUAGCCCUGCCCACGACGGGAGGUGGGGGGUGCUUAGAGAUCCGAUAGCAAUGCGCUUCCUCCUUUAAGAGGAAUUGAUAUCUCAUCCACAUUGGUGGGUGAUUGAUUAGGGGUUGCAACUCCCAGUUCAUACGCCUGAUCUGCCCAACUCCUGCUGCAAAUUUAUCUGGCCUCCAAGGACCAAACAAUUUUGGCGACAGCAGCUAAAAACAGGGUGGAAGUGGAUGGGUGGGACUUAAGUAGACACUGCGCUGGCUGGGCAGAAUCUGGUGCUUUGGUAGGGGUGCAAAUUGCCCUCUUCCUGAUCAUUGAGUCAAUUGUCUGAUGUGUGCAGAGAGGGCGAUACUCCUUCUUCCCAAAUGGAUCAGCUGAAGAGGGAGGACUGUGUGUGUGUGUGUGUUCUCUGUGUGUUUGUGCAUGCAAGAAUGUGUGUGAGAGAGUUGGGUGGGCUCACCCCUGCAUUACACUACCUCCCGUUUAGAUCUGCUGCGUAGCAUUUUACAGGGCUGAGCGGUGAAGGGCGUGUUUAGAGAGUUCAAAACUCCGUGUGAUGGAGGUAGAUCUGUGUUCUUCUCAUACAGCAGGAUCUGCUGUUGAAUUUCUACAGCAAAAGGUCAAGGGGGAUGCUGAUUCUCCAGGAUUGCUUCUAAGUGCCCAGAAGGUAGUGCUUUCCUCGCUGACUUCUUGGUGCCACAGUGAAAUAUACUCAUAGUCCUGUAGUGAUUUCAUGCUCUUUAUUGCAGCUUGUAAAACAGUGAUUGAAUUGCCCCCCAAACCUCAGGCUUUUAUAUACAGUGGUACCUCAGGUUACAUACACUUCAGGUUACAUACGCUUCAGGUUACAGACUCUGCUAACCCAGAAAUAUUAGUUCAGGUUAAGAACUUUGCUUCUGGCGGUGCGGCGGCAGCAGCAGGAGGCCCCAUUAGCUAAAGUGGUGCUUCAGGUUAAGAACAGUUUCAGGUUAAGAACGGACCUCCAGAACGAAUUAAGUACUUAACCCGAGGUACCACUGUACAUUAUUUACAGAAUGAGUUCCGUCUGAUUGGCUGAUUCUGCUUCCCUCCUGGAGCCUGAUUGGUCUUUUCCUGCAGGCCAAUCAGUUGUUGCAUUCUAGGAUCCUACUUGCCUAUUAUUCUGGGAUCCAGGCUUAGUACAUAACACACAGUGAACUUGGAGGAGAGAGAAGCUGCGAGGAGGGAAGUUGCAGAGGGGUGUUGAGCUCCUCACUUCUGUACCUCCUCUGCUUUAACAAUCCAAUUCCCAGCUCUCUACUUAAUUGAGUUCUUACUUAACCAGAUUUGGGUGAAUGUGCACACACUCAUUAUUUAUAGUCUGAGCCUAAUGCAGGCAUAGCGUGUGAAAAGUGUUUAGAUCCACUGCAUAGACAGCUUUCAGUGGGGCUGGUGUCCACCCUCAGUUACUUUUCAUUGAGUAUCUGCUGUAAAGUUGGAUAUGAACCCUGAAGGAAAGUGAGGAAUCCAAGGACUCCUUAGGAACCUAGAACAGCAUGGAGUGAGCCAGAGGUUUCUAGCAUGUCUUAUGCAAACAGCAGAAGAACAGUUCCAUAGUCUCACUGGGUUAAAGCUGACCAAAAGUCCAGAGGUAGCAUUAUUAUCAAUUUACGAUGGGGUGGAAGAUUUGCAGGCUAUGAAGGACUUGCUCACAAAUUUAUUGACAGCCGUGCAAAUUAUUAUAGCCAGGAAGUGGAAGGGGCAAGCAGAAUAUAAAAUGGAAGAAUGGUAUAAAGAGGUGUGGGAUAUAACUACUAAUGAUAAAUUAACAUGUGCCAUUAAGGUAAGAUGGGGAAUAUGCAGGAGAAAUGAUUUUGAGGAGAUAUGGAAGGUGUUUGAAGAAUUUGUACACUGCAAGAGGUAUGGAAUUUUUGGAAGGUAGGAUAGUUACAAUGGAAUGGUCUUGGUGGUGGGGUGCACAUUUUUAUUCUUAUUUAUUUAGGAUUAUUUCAUUGUCCAAAAAGCACAACACUAAAAAAAUUAAAGAACAGUUCCAUUGUCAAAAGCUGUUCCUUUUGAAAACGAUCCCCCUGCACAAAUAAAUUGAUCCAGUUGCUCACUCUUCUUCACCCCUCCAAAGAGAUGUUUUGCUUUUUGUAAAUCACGCAACUUGAUCUCACUGUGUCAACUGGGGAAGGGCCUCGCUUGUCCAUUAACAGCUGUGCAUCCAUGUAAGAAUCUGGUGGGUGGGAACAGUUUCUGCGUCAAUAAAGGGCUGUGAUUUUCUUCCCUUCUAUUGUUGUUGUUGUUGUUAAAUUUUAAUAUUGUUCAUUUUGUGUGGACUAUUAUACUAUAAAGGUAAAGGUAAAGGGACCCCUGACCAUUAGGUCCAGUUGUGACCGACUCUGGGGUUGCGGCGCUCAUCUCACUUUAUUGGCCAAGGGAGCUGGCAUACAGCUUCCGGGUCAUACUGUACUUUUAUUUGUUUUAUCAGUUUGAGUGGGGACUCUUGUUUGGUGAAAAUGAGACAUACAGUAUAAGAACAUGCAUAAAUAAAGCUACAUAAAUUCCUAUGCGUGCCCCAUUCUCCAUCUGUUUGUGUGCACUUGUGGGAGGAAAUGAUUUGUGCUUUUAUUUUGCAUUUUAAAAUGCCUGUUAUAAAUUCCUUUCCCACUUAUGCUUAUUUACCAUUUUCGUCUCCUUCCCGCAGUACUUGGGAUGUAUAGAGGUCUUGCGUUCCAUGAGAUCCCUUGACUUCAAUACUAGAACACAGAUUACAAGGUAAUAUGAGAUGAUGUACUGCAAAUACUUUUCCACAUCUAUCUUUUGAACUACCUUGCAUAAGUACGUACCAUCUGAAGAAGAACAAAAGCAGGAAAGAAUCCUCACAGAACUCUAGCCCAAUGGUUGCCAUUAAUCUGAUGGGAAUUAAUUUUAUAAUGAAAUUAUUUUAGAAUGUUUUAUCAUUUUACUGCUGUUAGCCGCUCUGAGCCUGGCUUCGGCUGGGGAGGCCGGGAUAUAAAUAAAAAUUAUUAUUAUUAUUAUUAUUAUUAUUAUUAUUAUUAUUAUUUGUGUUUCUUUUCCUUAUUCACACCUGAAUAAAAGUAGAGCAUUUCUGUGGGCUGGGCAGGGGCUGCCUCUUAUGGUUCUACCACCUGAGGUAGCUGCUUCACUCUGCCUCAACUGUGGGUUAGCUCUGAAUAUGCUAAAACUUCACAAUUCCCUAAGAAAAUUAGCAAGAUUGGUUGCCCUGCUUUUCUUACUUUUAACAUACUCGAUACAGCCUAUGAGACCAUCAAAUAGUGUAAUAUUUCAAAUGCAAACUUUGGUUUGCUAUGAACAACAGAGUGUUUUAGUCCAUAUGCAGUCUUUCCAGUAGAUCAUUACUUGAAUGCCAUCAUGAGAAACCAAACUGUAUGCUUCUGGCACCAUGAAACCAUUUGCUACCCAAUGUUCUUUUCUGUCUCUCCAGGGAAGCGAUCAGCCUUGUUUGCGAUGCUGUGCCGGCAGCCAAAGGAGCCUUUAAAAAAAGAAAGGUAAUUGCCUUGUGUCUUUUUGUCAACGUGAUCAUAUUCUCUCAUCUUGGGACCAAACGGGAUGCGACAUUAAGUCCAUGUAUGCAUUUUACACGUACAAUUUUUGUCCUUUGAAUUGCUGCCAUUGGAGGACCUGAGCAGUAUUGUGCCCAUGGCAAAGGCAGUUAAUCCUUUACCUGUGUACCAAAAUCACAGCACACAUGCACAUACAAAUAUUGGCGCUCCUAUUGGGGUCAACAGAGAUUCUUCCACUGGCACUUUCCUAAAUAACGUAUUUGAGUGAGAUGGUUCGCUGAUAUCAUACAUUAAUACUGGGUAGGGGGAAGCUACUGGGGCGACUGCUCUGGGUGCAAUUCUUUUUGUGGGAAUGUUCAGGGUGGCAGGAGAGGAUACAUUGUUUAUUAAUAUCCUUCCUAACUUGUGCUAGCAAGUUCCGUCAUGUAGCAGAGUUACAUUCCCCUUUCUUACAUGCACAGAAGAUAGCUUGUAGCAGGCUCGUGUGAGUCUCUCACUAUUACAGUGGUACCUCCGGUUACAUACGCUUCAGGUUACAUACGCUACAGGUUACAGACUCCACUAACCCAGAAAUAGUACCUUGGGUUAAGAACUUUGCUUCAGGAUGAGAACAGAAAUCGUGCUUUGGCGGCACGGCAGCAGCGGGAGGCCCCAUUAGCUAAAGUGGUGCUUCAGGUUAAGAACAGUUUCAGGUUAAGAACAGACCUCCGGAACGAAUUAAGUACUUAACCUGAGGUACUACUGUAUACAGUUCAGUCUGACUCAGUUUGAAUUGUAAAUUCCUGGAAAGUUCCCUUUAAUCCCUCUUAAAAGAAUAAAGACACGGCAAUCUUAUUAAAAGUCAAUAAAAGAAGUUUACUCACAUCAGUUCACAGUUGGAUUCCUGAAGGCAGACUUAGUUACAAACAUGUACAUGUGGAUCUACCCCACAUGGCGGAUAAUCCCAGUGCUUCUGGUAACUGGCAGCUAGCAGAGCAUUCCUAGCUGAGAAGCUGGUCGAACGAAGAAUGAAGUGAAAGAGAGAGAGAGCUGCAUGACUCGUCCUUUUGUUACCUGGACAGGUAAGGUCAUGCCCAUCUCUAGUCACAUUCAAGGGAAGGAUGCUCCAGCCCAGGAGGAAUAGGAAGUUUUGACUGGCUGGACCUAGGAGCGUACGAAGGCAGGGGUGGGGCGGCGCACCCCAGGUGUCACCCUGGGGGGGGUAAGCUGGCCCACUGCCUCCCCCCCAGCUGUAGAGCGGCCAAGGGCACGCGGCUUCCUCCACCACUGGCUGAACCAACAUUCCCUUGCAUGUCCACUCUAGGGAAACAAGGUAUGUUGUAUUUUCAGCCAGUGCGCCUGUUAAUACUUGUCUAACAGCAUUUUUCCUGAAUGAAAUAAAACAACACUUUCCUCCACGCUUGCAAACCCUAAAGGAAGGGCUUGUGUCCCCAAAUUGUCCCAACUGUGUGGAGAAUCCACACAAAUGGUUUGUUACUCAACUCUGUGAGUUAGAUGAAGUGAUUUAAAGUGGCUUUCAUUAGCAGAUAUAAUUGCAAAUGUUUCAGCAUUUCUAUACUUAAUAGAUUUUAGUUUUCUGCUGUUACAGAAAAGCUUCUCUUCUGACACUUGUCGUGACUUUGAGGUAAUUUGGCAUUGCUCUGUAUGUUCAUCUCAUGCCUCUUUGUUCUUUUUAUCUAUUUAUUACAUUCGUUUAAUAUGCAAUCCAUUCUCCCAAGGAGCUCAGAAUGGUGUACAGUGGUACCUCAGGUUACAGAUGCUUCAGGUUACAGACUCCGCUAACCCAGAAAUAGUAGCUCAGGUUAAGAACUUUGCUUCAGGAUGAGAACAGAAAUUGUGUGGCGGCGGCGGCAGCUCUCAGUAGCUAAAGUGGUACCUCGGGUUAAGAACAGUUUCAGGUUAAGAACGGACCACCAGAACGAAUUAAGUUCUUAACCCGAGGUACCACUGUACAUGGUUCCUCACUCCCAUUCCAUCCUCAGAACAACCCUGUGAGGUAGGGUAGGCCGGGAGAUGGUGACUGAAGCAAGGUUAUCCAGUAGGGUUUUUAGGGGAAUUUGAAUCCAGGUCUCCCUGGUAUGACACCAACCACUUUAGAUCACUGUAUUUUCCUUAUCUAUAUGGAAACAACCUGCAUUUUCUCUCUCUCCUUGUAGCACUGUCCCUUCCUUGUGAAUCAAUACUCGACUUCUUUCUUACUAACUUCGGAUAAAAGCAGCCACAGAACGUUGAUUAAAAUGUCACACUCUUGACGAAUAAACCCCAGAGGCUCCCCGUUUAUGCAGCGUGGAGUCAGGUGUCACCAGAUGCUCGUAGAGUACUGAGAUGUGUGAUUUUUGUUUUCACAGCCGCCGAGUAAAGCCCUCUCUAGUAUCUUGGGUAAGAGCAACCUUCAGUUCGCAGGAAUGAGCAUUACUCUGAAUAUCUCUACCACCAGCUUAAACCUGAUGACGCCUGAUUCAAGACAGGUCUGUAUGCUCUAAUUCCUGCUUGCUGCUUUGAAUAGUUCCAUGGCGCUUGUUCCUUGCUACCUGCCAGAUUAUUUCUGUGCUUAGUGGUCCUGCAAAGUCUUUUGUUAUAACUAGCAUUUGCCGGUACAUCCGAGUAGCUGAACACUGGAAGAUCCAGGGCAGACAAAAAUAAGUACUUUCGUCACACAGCACAUGUUAAAGUGCGGGAUUUGCUCCAGAAAAAGGGAGGGAUGACCACCAACGUGGACAACAAAUGCAUGGAGGAUUAGGUCGUCCAUAGCUAGAACUCAUUAAGGUAAAAAGGUAAAGGAGCCCUGGAUGGUUAAGUCCAGUCAAAGGUGACUGUGGGGUGUGGCGCUCAUUUCGCUUCAGGCUGAAGGAGCCGACGUUUGUCCACAGAAAGCUUUCCAGGUCAUGUGGCCAGCAUGACUAAACCGCUUCUGGUGCAACGGGACACCGUGACGGAAACCAGAGCACAUGGAAAUGCCAUUCACCUACUCACCACAGCGGCACCUAUUUAUCUACUUGCACUGGUGUGCUUUCGAACUGCUAGGUUGGCAGGAACUGGGACAGAGCAACGGGAGCUCAUUCUGUCACAGGGAUUCGAACCGCCCACCUUCUGAUUGGCAAGCUCAAGAGGCUCAGUGGUUUAGACCAGAACUCCACCCACAUCCCAAAUAAACAAGCACAUAAUCACUGAUAGGUCCACCUGCCAUUGUGAGGCUCAAAGCAAUGAAGAGGAUGCCUCCCCAGCUAUUGCCAUUGGCUGUGGGUUUCUUGUGAUGUCACAAAAGCACUUGGCAACUGAGCGGACAUAAAGGCAGGCCAAGGGGAAAGCCCUAUUCAAUUUCCAGCAGGACACACCUGGCAAUGGAUGUGACAUUCAGUACUGCCCAGGUUACUUCCACUUGGAGGAGGCAAACUGGUGAAUGGAAGGAGGCAAUCCUCUGGCAGUGGGAUGCUAGGGAGCGAUAAUAAGGCAAGUUGGCAUGCUUGAAGGCUGCUGGUAUCUGUGGAUGGAAGCUGGCGGACGUCUCAUGAUGGACCUAACGGUAGCUUCUGGCACAAUGGGACACCAUGACGGAUACCAGAGCACAUGGAAAUGCCAUUUACCUUCCUGCCACCGCGGUACCUGUUUAUCUACUUGCACUGGUGUGCUUUUGAACCGCUAGGUUGGCAGGAACUGGGACAAAGCAAUGGGAGCUCACUCUGUCAAGGGGAUUCGAACUGCCGACCUUCCAAUAGGCAAGCCCAAAAGGCUCAGUGGUUUAGACCACAAUGCCACCUGCGUCCCUUUACUUACAACCCAUUACGGCUAUGUCCUAACCCUGUUGACUUUAGUAUGCCUCAGAGCUGCUGCACUCAUGUUCUGCUAUGGGGCUUUCCAUUUGCGUUGCCCCUGAGACAACAGUCAACAAUACUAUAUGAUCAUUUGGUCUGAUCCAGCAAAGCUCUUAUGCAAUUUUAUGCAGCUGUUCUGUUCCAAGCAGAUCAGGGUGUAUCUGCCUGAGCGCACCAUCAAUGUGUAUUAGUAUAGUGCUGGGUUUCUCAAACUUGGGUUUUUUUUUGGACUACAGUUCCCAUCAUCCCUGGCCACUGGUCCUGCUAGCUAGGGAUGAUGGGAGCUGUAGUCCAAAACCAGCUAGAGACCCAAGUUUGGGAAACCCUGGUAUAGUGUAUUUUCCGGAUUUGGAUAUUAAAGAUUUCAAGACAAGACAAAUUGCACUGGAACAGAAGAGUCCAUCUGCAGACAUCCUCAAAAGUUAACCAGACUAACUCCUCUUUGGUGGCAGGGAGUGUCAGAUCAUCCUCUUUAAAAAGCCAGCAAAACCAUUACCGUUGGGCUCUUAUUCACAAAUAUAAUUGGGAGAAGGAGGAAAACUAAGUAGAGAAGUAGUAGAGCUCUGCUGUGCAUGCAGAAGGUCCCAGGUCCAGUCCCUGGCUUCUCCAGGUAGGUCUGAGAAUGUUUUCUGCCUGAACCCUGAGGAGGCAAUGAUGGUAAAUGCAGGCCAGGGAUGGCCUCUCUACUUGGCCAGCUGAACUUUGCCCAAGCCAUGCACUGCACUGGCCCAUCUUCAAAGCCCAAAUGUUUUGGCCUGGGCGGAACAGGUCCUUGUACUCUUAUUAUGCCCUCUGCUUGUCUGGUUGGGUGACGGAGAGCGUGCGUAGAAACUCGCCCACUGCACAAAGGUGGAACUUCCAUUUCGUCUGCUCUGCCUACAUUUGCCUCUUUUUCUGCCCCACUCCUGCUGUAGGCAAUAGUGAGUUAGUGUCAGGGAUGGGGCAGAGGAGGGAUGGCAGAGACCGACUCCCCAGCCUGACCUUCUAGAGAAGAAGAAGACAGUUCAGAAUUACAACAGGGGUUUGAGGGAGAUCACAGCUCAGAGGCAGAUGAGGGGGAAAGCUGGGGAAUAAUGGGAGAGGAGGAAGAAGGACCAGAGGGAGCACAGCUGACAGAUUCAUUGUCUUUAGAAAGCAUUCCAUACCCCCGUCUCCCAAAACCUGGCGAGCCUUGAAAGUAGGAAAGCAGAGAGCACAAAGGCAGAAGGCACAUUUCAGCACCCGUGGCUGUGACGCAUGAGAGAGGAAGGGAGUGGAGACUCACUCGGGGGCAACGUCAUUAUUCUAAGAGGCUGCAUUUCUAAGCAUCUCUCUGUGAAUAUUGAAUAAAAAGCAGUUGGUAAGAACUUCUCCUUGUUUUAUCCAUUCCUGGCAACCUGCCAUGGGGGUUCAAUCCUCUGCUGCCUGACAGCUAGAUGGACCAACGGUCUGGGUAAUAUAAGACAACUUCCUAUUUUCCUACUAAAAUGGGACUACAAAGUAAGCAAACGGGUCUCUCUCUCUCUUUUCCCUAGGAUAAAAGUACCAUAAAAAAGGGGGUGGGUCUGGGAUGCGGGUGGCGCUGUGGGUUAAACCACAGAGCCUAGGACUUGCCGAUCAGAAGGUCGGCGGUUCGAAUCCCCGUGACAGGGUGAGCUCCCGUUGCUUGGUCCCUGCUCCUGCCAACCUAGCAGUUCGAAAGCAUGUCAAAGUGCAAGUAGAUAAAUAGGUACCACUCUGGCAGGAAGGUAAACGGCGUUUCCGUGCACUGCUCUGGUUCACCAGAAGCGGCUUAGUCAUGCUGGCCACAUGACCCGGAAGCUGUACACUGGCUCCCUCAGCCAAUAAAGCAGGUGAGCGCUGCAACUCCAGAGUCGGACACGACUGGACCUAAUGGUCAGGGGUCCCUUUACCUUCACCGUUUAGCUCCAUGGUAGGGCACAUUCUUUGCAUGCAAAAGAUUUAAUUCCCAACCUCUCCAGGUAAGGAUGGAAAAGACUCCUGUAUAAAGCCCUGGAGAGCAGCUGCCAAUUAGUGGCAGAAAUUCUGGACCAGUGUCUGCACUGCAGAACUCUAUGCUAUCUAUGCUAUCUAACAUGGUAUAAGGCAGCUGUAGGUGUAUUUCCUUAUCCCUUCUUGCCACCUUCUCCAGCCGCGGUGAAACAUGUAUGCUUCUUCAAUUUGGCAGUAUUUGUAGGGUAUUCUGACUCAAAGGGCACCCAGAUGGAAGUUUCAGAUGGGGUUUGGUGGAUGCGCAUUCAUUGCAAACGGCUUCCCACAAUCUGCACAAACGGGUGACUCUGUGCUGUGCUUCCACCUAUCCUUGCCUGCCCACUCUGCCUAAGGCAGGAUCCGUGGGCUGCAGGAUCCGUGGGGCAAGAGUCAUACUGUGAUGACACCAAAAGCCAGCCCGCCUUGCAAGAUUCCAGGACUUUGGGUUUAGCAUCUGAGUGCUGCUCUGAGAUCCUGGGGAGUUGCCAUCUGGGCAUGCUGUCACAGAAGGUUUGGAGACGCACGACUUUGCACAUUUGUUUUUGAUAUUAUUGUUUCUGUUUUUAAGCUUUCGAGGACGUUUCAAGCUCAUGGCUGCCCCCAAACCAACCCUGGAAACUAGUCAAAACAAAAUAAAAAAAUUCCUUCCAGUAUCACCUUAGAGACCAACUAAGUUUGUUAUAGAUCCUGAAGCUGAGGCUCCAAUACUUUGGCCACCUAACGAGAAGAGAAGACUCCCUGGAAAAGACCCUGAUGUUGGGAAAGAUUGAGGGCACAAGGAGAAGGGGACGACAGAGGACGAGAUGGUUGGACAGUGUUCUCGAAGCUACCAGCAUGAGUUUGACCAAACUGUGGGAGGCAGUGGACGACAGGAGUGCCUGGUGUGCUCUGGUCCAUGGGGUCACGAAGAGUCGGACACGACUAAACGACUAAACAACAAGAAGUUUGUUAUUGGUGUGAGCUUUCGUGUGAUUUCACACUUCUUCAGAUACACUUCUUCAGAUAUCUGAAGAAGUGUGCAUGCACACAAUAGCUCAUACCAAUAACAAACUUAACUGGUCUCUCAGGUGCUACUAGGGAUGCAGGUGGUGCUGUGGGUUAAACCACAGAGCCUAGGACUUGCCGAUCAGUAGGUCAGCGGUUCGAAUCCCCAUGAUGGGCUGAGCUCCCGUUGCUCGGUCCCUGUUCUUGCCAACCUAGCAGUUUGAAAGCACGUCAAAGUGCAAGUAGAUAAAUAGGUCCCGCUCCGGCGGGAAGGUAAACGGUGUUUCCGUGCGCUGCUCUGGUUCGCCAGAAGCGGCUUAGUCAUGCUGGCUACAUGACCCGGAAGCUGUACACCAGCUCCCUUGGCCAAUAAAGCGAGAUGAGCGCCACAACCCCAGAGUCGGCCACAACUGGACCUAACGGUCAGGGGUCCUUUACCUUUAAGGUGCUACUGGAAUUUUUUUAUUUUGUUUUGACUACAGCAGACUAACACGGCUACCUACCUGUACCAGGAAACUGUAGUUUGCUACAGCUGCAUAGAACUGUGUCUCUCUAGGGAGAGGGUAAACUACACUUCCCAGAAUUCUUUGGGGGAAGCCAUGUGCUUUAAACAUAUGAUGCGAAUGUGACUCUGGAAAGUCUGACUGCAUCUCACGCUCAUGCUAAUCUUUUUCCGAACCUUUUACAGAUUAUAGCAAACCAUCAUAUGCAGUCUAUUUCCUUUGCAUCUGGAGUCGAUGUGGUAAGCAUAUGAUUCAUUUAUUUAGAAUCUUUCUCAUUUUGGAACUGAUGAAAUCAUACUGUGGUACUGAUGUAAGGGUACUGUGCCGCAACUGAUCACUUAACUUGUUGAGGAAAUAUUGCUAAUUAGACCUUUGCCAUUAAGUUCUAAGUGAAAGCUCUGGAAAUUCAAAACAAGGCAUCAUCAUUCAGUUUAACUCGAACACUCCUAUGCUAUAUGAAGGUACUCUCAGAGGUGUUACAGUAAAGAUGAAAUGAAGCCAAUAUGUUGCGAAAAUAACUUCAUGAUUAAAAAGAAAGAAAAAAGGAAGAACCCCAUAUUAUCAAUAGCAUAGCGGUCUGAACACAAAAUGACUGUAUAAUGAGCAAUUUCUGCUGUGGGCAGAGGUGUUUCUAGCCUCUACAGUUAUUUAACCUCUAUUUGUAACCCAAGUGUCAGCUCCUGAAAUGCCACUGCCUACUGAAUUUUCGGAACGUGAGUUGCCUAGUGGCAAGCAAGAGAUGGGUGGAGGGGAGGCCCAGUUCAAAGGAUUGUUUUCACACAGGGCUAAAUUUACACAUGCAUCUCUCACUACGGUGACUCUCAGUUAAAUGCAUGAACUGUCCGCUUUGAAAAGUUUUGCAUGACUUGAAAGCAGAUGGUAUCAAAGUUCCAUCCAAGUAUGCUGUGCAUUCACAACUGGAGGCAGCAAUCAUUUUGCCCGGACACUGAGGUCCAGCUCCGAGGGCCUUCUGGCAGUUCCCUCACUGCAAGAAGUGAGGUUACAGGGGUAACCAGGCAGAGGGCCUUCUCGGUAGUGGCGCCCGCCCUGUGGAAUGCCCUCCCAUCAGAUGUCAAGGAAAUAAACAACUAUCUGACUUUUAGAAGACAUCUGAAGGCAGCCCUGUUUAGGGAAGUUUUAAUGUUUGAUGUUUUAUUCUGUUUUUAAUCCGUUGGGAGCCACACAGUGUGGCUGGGGAAACCCAGCCUGAUGGACGGGGUAUAUAAACAAACAAACAAACAAAUAUACAGUGGUACCUCUGGAUGCGAACGGGAUCUGUUCCGGAGCCCUGUUCGCAUCCUGAAGCGAACGUAACACGCGUCUGUGCGUGCUGCGUUUCGCCACUUCCGUGCAUGUGCAUGACGUCAUUUUGAGCGUCUGCGCAUGCGUGAGUGGCGAAACCCGGAAGUAACGUGCUCCGUUACUUCCAGGUCGCCAUGGAGCGCAACCCAAAAAUAUUCAACAACAACAACAAUCUUUAUUACGGUCCAGAGACCCAACAAAUCGUUACAAAGCAAUACACAAUUCAUACGGCCUACCUCCAGGUUAAACAAGCGUUUUGUUCAGACUAUGGGGAUCAUUGGUUCUUGCAACCACCGAUAAAAACUUUGCCAUAUUCAUCCCGAAGUUACUUCAACCCGAGGUAUGACUGUAUAAUGUUGUUGUUGUUGUUACUUUCUGAAUACCUGUUGCUGGAAACGACAGAAGGGGAGAGUGUUGUUGUAUUUGAAUCCUGCUUGUGGGUUUCUCACAGGUUGGCCACUGUCAGAACAGGCUGCUGAGCAGACCAUUGGCCCGAUCCACCAGUCUCGCCUUAUAUUUUUAGCUGUAGUGAUCAAUCUGUGAUUGAUCACACAAACAUCUUCACUUAUUGAUGGUAUGACCUUAGCCAGAGUUAGGGGACCCGUCACCCACCAGAUCAGCUCAACCAACGUGGCCAAUGGUCAGGAAUUAUGGGAGUGAUACUCCAACAACAUUUGCAGGGCCACAGCUCCCCUCCCCCCGACCCUAGUGAUGACUCAAAUGUGUGAAUUAUUGUUGCGUUUGUGAGCUGUGCCCAUAUUCAUUUGUAGUUACCUCUCCCUUUUCUUCCACCUCUGCUCCCCCCCCCACCUUUUUAUAAACUUAUAUUAUAAGUUGAAACUCAUCUCUUGCAUAUUCUCUUACCACAAACUUCUGGAUUUGUGCUUUUUAGCUUAAAUACUGAAGACCUACAAACACACCUCAGUGUGGUACAGAUUGUGUUGGAGCACAGAAGAAAAAAAAGAGUUGCAAUGUUCCUCAGCAGGAACAUGUGGUAUUCUCUCGACUAAUAUCCCAUUGAUACAACACUCCUGAAAUCCCACUCACAAUUUACAAAAGCACUGGGAUGGGGGGGGGCGGAUAUUACAUUUCCCCACUUAUAAAAUAUUGGCUCAUUUCAGAUGUAACAACAAAAAUGGUUUGUUGCUUUAAGAAAAUUGUACCUCCUCAAUAUACAGCAUGCCAUUUUAAUUGUAAUUUGGGUACCUUUCGAUAGAUACUGGAAAAGAUGGCCCAGUUUUUAAUGGUAUUAUAGCCUUUGAAUUGAUGGUUUUAUACCAAGGACACGCUCUAUUAUUUUGCAGGGUUUUCUGUGCAAGAGGUUCUCUCUGUCUUCCUGCCUUAAUGUAUCUACUCUAGAAUCUAAUCUCUCUAUCUGGAUGAUAUUUAUAACACACUCGUCACCAUGGUAUCCAAGCACAGGCAACCAGUUGCAAACACUCAGAUGAAAAGCAGCGCACCUUUGUUGCAGCAUAAAAUGAAAACUCACAUGAUAUUCAUGGUAGAUGUUUGUCUCUUUGCCCCCCAUCUCCUCUCCCUCUGCCAACAGGAUACAACAGACUAUGUCGCCUAUGUAGCUAAGGACCCUGUGAAUCGCAGAGGUAAAGUACUGCUUAACAUUCAAUCUCCUCUUCUUUUUGAAAACGUACGCUGCUCAGAUUCUCAUUAAGGCACUGCGUUCUAUUGAUAAUGGCUUCCCUUCCACUAACGGUAUCACACACCAUAUUCAAAAUGUAUUCUGUUAUUUCUUACAUUCGCAUCCCGCCUUGCCUCCAAAGAGCUCAGUUGCCAAAUCAGAUGAGAUGUCAGAGCUCUGAGAUGGGAUUUCCUGUUUCUUAAAAUUAUGGAAAACAGCAGCUCCAGGUUUUGGAGACUGGGGUGGCCAGUCUUUUCUCCUAACUGCCACUUCUACAAAUGGAAAACACACACGCUCCUUUCCUGGAGCUCCUAUUAGUGGGAAUGUUCAGGGUGGCAGUAGAGGAUAUAUUGUUUAUUAAUAUCCUUCCUAACUUGCGCUAGCAAGUUCCUUUACUUACCAGAGCUACAUUCACCUUCUACAUGCACAGCAGAUAGCUGGUUGCAGACUCGUGUGAGCCUCUCACUAUUGUACGAUUCAGUCUGUCUCAGAUUGAAUUGUACGUUCAUGGUAAGUUCCCUUGAAUCCCUCUUAAAAGAAUAAAGACACCACAAUCUAAUUCAAAGUCAAUAAAAGAAGUUUACUUACAUCAGUUCACAGUUGGAUCCCUGAAGGCAGACUUAGUUACAAAUAUGUACAUGCGGAUCUACCCCAUAUGGGGGAAUAAUCCCAGUGACUGCAGGCUAGCAGUCCAGCAGUUCACACGAUGAAAGGAAAAUGGAAAAGAGAGAGAAUUGCUGCGUGACUUGUCCUUUUGUUACCUGGACAGGUUAGGUCACACCCACCUUCUAUCACAUGCAAAAGGAAGGAUGCUCCAGCCAGAAGGAACAGGGAGUUUCAACUGGCUGGACCAAACAUUUCCUUGCAUGUCCACUCUAGGAAAACAAGGAAUGUUGUACUUGACUGCUCCCAGUGGAUUACAUCCCACACUAUUCCCACCAGUUAGAAGAAAACCAUGCAUAGGCAGGCACAAUACUGGAGUAAAGUGUUAACUACCCAUGACAGUGGUCCCGAUCUAAACGGCCCCUUACACAAUUUCUGUUUGCCAAAAUGUUAAGAGGUGGGAUGAACACAGAUCUCUAUUGUCUUGUCUUGGGGAAGGGCUGUAGUUCAGCAGUAGAUAAUGGCCACUCGCCACAUUUAUGGGGGCGGGGCGGGCGACAGUUGUGGCCCCCUUGCGUUUCAGCUUCACCCCGGCAGCUAGAGCAUGCUUGCUCUCCAGCUGCUGCUGGGGAAUUCCCCUUGACCGGCGAUAGCAAGAGGCGGUCUUCCCACCAAAGAGGGCAAAUUUCAGUGGGCCAAUCAGAGGCCCCAUUUGGAGGGUGGUGCCUCGUUGGAUGGUUGGCCAUUGGCUGUUGCCUUGCCCAUCCUGGCAGUGGGGCUUAAAAGGCUAGCUGCAUGUGGCUUCCACAGAGAGCAGAAACCUUCCCACCCACCUCUUUUGAAUCAAUCCAUUUCCAUUUCAGAAGGUCCCAAGUUCAGAAGACCAUACUGAGAUAGCCUGACCAACUGUCCAGCUUGAUAAAAGGCAACUUCCUACAGUAUAUUCCUAUGUCUACUUUGGUCCUCAAAGUUGCAUUUUGAACCUUAUGAAGUAGGUCUGGCAGUGAGUCGAUGACUUGGUCAAAGCCAUCCACUGGGCUGAGUGGGGAUUUGAUUUGAACCUCAGUUCCUGCAUAGAAAUACACCUGAAAGGCUAGGCAGCUGCUCAGUUUGCAUCCAUAAGGUGCCCCACUAAACUCAGGACAUUUAUAUGGUGCUGCGGACAAGGUUUAACUUAAGGAAUGUUUCUCAGUUUGAGCAAUCUUUUGAGUUGCUAGCUCAGUCACUUCCUCAGAGUUUUUGUGAGACUCUUCUCUUGCAGCUGUAUUAACUAGAAGUAAUUAAUCAGAAAACGCCAAAGAGGAAGAAAAUGAUUUGUAGCCUCCUAGAUGAUGCGGUCUAGUGAAAUAUGUACAGGUUUGCUAUAGAAGGUUAUAAACUAUUAAGUUGGAAGGUGACUGAGCCAUUAGUCUACUUCUCCAUGGGGGAUGGACAGCUUGGUAGCUGUCUUUUAAAUUUUGGAGUGGUCUGGAGUGACCAAAAAGAAAAAGAAAACAAAAGAAAAGCCAUUUUGGUAUCAAAGCAAGAGACCAUGGGGACACUCAUUUUUUAUUUUAUUUUUAAGUGUGUGUGUGUGUGUGUGUGUGCGUGUGUGUCUUUUAAAAGAUUCUCUUAUUUUUUUCUCAUUUUUUAUUUUAUUUUUAAGUGUGUGUGUGUGUGUCUUUUAAAAGAUUCUCUUAUUUUUUAGAAAAAGAUAGGGAGGCACAUAGAAGCUGCCAGUGAUAUUUUUAAAAGCAAACUUUUGGGACGCCUGGGGUGGUAUACAGCUCAGAGCACACCUGUUGAAGUUAAUAGGCAUUAUUAACUUAGGCUCACAAAUUUCAGUGGGUCUACUCUGUGUAGGACUGUGUUGAAUGCAACCUUGUAUGUAGGGGAUGGGAAACAUCUGUUUUAAAAAUAAGUCCCAUAUAUUAGAACUAUGGUUUUAAAUUUUACUUCUGCCAAAGUUUUUGUUUUUUUAAAAAAUAGCCAUAGAUUGUUUUAAGUUUAUCUUUUUUAAGCAAAGGACAAAGGUGUAAAACUACUUGUAUUUAAUUUUUUAAAAAUCUUUAUGUAUUUUGCUGGAAGCCCUCCAGAGUAUCUGGGGAAACCCAGUCAGAUGGGUGGGGUAUAAAUAUUAAAUUACUACUACUACUACUACAGCAUUGAUUUCUUCAAGCUUCAAGCUUAGACUCUAAAAUACUUUUCUUGUUUCCCCGUUCCUUUAGCGUGUCAUAUCCUGGAGUGCUCUGAUGGCUUGGCCCAGGAUAUUAUCAGCAGUAUAGGACAAGCAUUUGAACUGCGUUUUAAGCAAUAUUUGCAAUGCCCCUCAAAGAUCCCAGCUCUUCAUGAUAGGUGAGCAAGUACAAGAGGAGUUUUGAUUUUUGUGUGGAAGUGCUGUUUCCUUCAAGGACUGCUAAAAUAAAAGGAGAGUUCGUUUGCAGAAGGGAACAACUGGCUACAAAUACAACAGAUUAUUGUGACACCUGCCCCAUCCAACAGAAUAAGGCUUACAUCCCUGGAACAGCCUCGCUCAACUUGAUGUCUUCCAAAUCUUGUUGAAUGUAGCCACCAGUCCCAGCCAGCAGAGUCCAGUGGUCAGAGAAUGAUGGUUGUUGUUUUUCCCCAAAGCUUCUGAGGGGUAUCAGGUUGGAGGAGGCUGCUCAGGUAGCGAACUUCGGUGCCAGCCUCAAACUCUUGCUCUCUGUAACAGAGAAAGCAAUAACAGUGUCCUUUCAGCUGCCCAUUGCGAACUUCUGAUCAUACCUGCUGAAUUGAAGCUCGGUUAAGCAAAACCUCCCUUUGAAUUUUCCACACAUCUGAUAAGAUCUGAUUCAGCAGGUAAUAUUGGAGUUUUGAAAGGCACAACCACAAAACAACAAGAAAAGCUCUUGGGCCUGGUAGAAUUAAAUCGGUACACAAUACACCAAAAUACAGGUCAAGAAAAAGUGUGGAAGACCCCUUACUCCCAGUCUUGGAUUGUACUGCAGCAAAGUAGUUAAUACAAGGGACUAUUGUAUCUGAGAAUAUGCUGGUCAACAGAGAACCUAUUAAGCCAAUUCAAGAGAUCCCUCAAACUGUUGGAUUAUGUCCAAAGGUGAAUUCUAUAGUUUAUAUAACAACGGGACUGAAUUUGUUAAGGGAUAUAUUUGUCACAUUUUAGAUGUUGCCAAUUAAAUAGACAACUGAAUAAAAACUGAAGGAGCAAAAUAACAGAGCUUCUUUCUGACAGGAUGCAAAGUUUGGAUGAACUUUGGAUGGAAGAAGAUGUUGAGGCAGCAGCAGAGCAUCCAUAUUACAACAACAUUCCUAACAAAAUACCUCCGACUGGAGGCCUGGUUGAUGCAAGGAUCAGAGCCAAGCUCCCCUCUGUGUCAGAUCCUACUCAGGUAGGCCAAUGAAUCCUAGCUUGGUUCCCUUGGGUGUUAUUUUAACAGACUGAAAAUAGCUGUAUAAAGGAUAACUUAUCAUGGAUCUUUUAAGCAAAAGGUGUUGAUGCACCAGUUGAAAGAGCCAGUUCAUACCCCCACUGGGUGGCAGUCCUCCUCACCUCUACCAAAAACAUGUGGAUGGAUAUUUAAGGCAGACCCAUCACAUGGAUGCCCAUACACACAUAGUCCUGAUUUGUGCCAUCUAUUCUUUUUGUCUUUUUAGGGAAAUUGGGUCUAGAUGUAUAUAGGCUUCCACCUCACCUGGUCUACGUGUGUUUGAGGAGUGUGCGCCUGAUAUUUCACCACACGAGGAGCAUUGUUGCUCAGCAAGCGUAUGAGCAAUCUCUACCACAACCCGGGAAGCUCUUCUCUUUGUGUUUAAGGGCUCCUGGUUCCGUUUGGUCAAUAACAUCUCCCACUGUUCUCCUUUGUCUGGUGGGAGAGUGGAUUAGACUGUCCCCUCAUGUCUACCUGGAAUGCCUGUCCCAUCUCCAAGGCUACUGAACAUCCACACGUGGACUUAAUCUUUCGGCAGGAUGAAUGCGUCAGCAGCACAAUUGAGAUCUCCGAUAAAAUCAAUGUGAUUUGGUCCAACGUGCAUUGGAUCUUAUAAGUGUACUCUGUGGUGAAAUGUUAUGUCCAUGUGGGGAUGUCUGAUAUGCUGUAUACGUUCAUAUACGGAAGGUGUGCUCUCACUACAGGUGGGAAAGAAAUUGCUUGUGGUGCGCUACUCCUGCCCUCUGUCAUGUUGGGUUUCAAAUUGCAUAGAUCACCAUGUAGCACUGCAGUCUAGUUUAGAUGAGUGGGGGAAAUAGCAAAGGUAACCGCUGGUUUCACAAAUGUAGCUCUGUGGAUUCAUUCAUUUAUAAAAAUAUAUCACAGCGGUCUACGACAAUACAAAAACAUAAAACCAAACAAAAAAAUAACAAUAAGUUAAAAAGAAGUUGAAAGCAAAAAGAAAUUAAAAGCAACCAUCAAUAGAUCAAUGUGGGGAAUGUACUCUGAAUUGCUUGCAUAGAUCUGGAGGAUUAGAAAAAUUUUCACCAGCACGUAAAAGUUGACACAGGAAAUGCCUGCCGAAUGUCUCUUGCUACCCCCCCUUGAAUCUCCAAACUGUUUAAACUCCUAUGAGCUUGAGUUCAGGGGAUUGAUGCAACAGAGGCUGUUUUAGACGCUUAAAGGUAAAGGUAAAGGGACCCCUGACCAUUAGGGCCAGUCGUGACUGACUCUGGGGUUGCGGUGCUCAUCUCGCUUUAUUGGCUGAGGGAGCUGGCGUACAGCUUCCGGGUCAUGUGGCCAGCAUGACUAAGCUGCUUCUGGUGAACCAGAGCAGCGCACGGAAAUGCCAUUUACCUUCCCGCCAGAGCAGUACCUAUUUAUCUACUUGCACUUUGACAUGCUUUCGAACUGCUAGGUUGGCAGGAGCAGGGACCGAGCAAUGAGAGCUUACCCCGCCGCAGGGAUUCGAACCGCUGACCUUCUGAUCGACAAGUCCUAGGCUCUGUGAUUUAACCCACAGCGCCACCUGCGUCCCUUUUAGAUGCUUACUGAAGUCUAAACUACACAACCCACAGACAAUUUAUCUGUGGGCAACUCUUCCCUCAAACAUUAAUGCUGCAAUGGGUUGUGAUUUUCUUUUCCUGCCAGGAAUCUUGGACUUUUUGGCAAAUCUGCCAUGGUGAAUAUUUGCGUCGCUUUUCAUUUAUAUGGAAGCAACAUUCAUUGAGUUCCUUAAAUUUAUUGUGAUAUAUAUCUAUGCAUAUAUAGUUAUGUGAAAUAAGUGAAUAGCACUAGAUUUCAUAUACACGGUCCUUUUCUGUAUUCUUCAUGUAAUAUUGAAUGAACAAUUACCAUACAUUUACUGAAAAGAUGGCAAAGUGGGAAGAAAAGUACUAUGAUGGGCUUUCUUCCUUGGUAUGCUACUUUGCUUCCCUAAAGUCCUUAAUUGCGGGUUCACCCACACUGACCUUUUGCCCCACACUUUAUAGGGGCAAAAGGGACCUAUGCCUAGAAAUUCAGCACGAAAGGGAGGCUGGAUGAGCCCUGCAUUGGGAAACAAAGUUUUACACGUAGCCAUCGUAUGAUUAUAAUAAUGUUCCAGCAUCCUUUCUGUGUCUGUGUGUUUGUAAAAGUUCAUUGGAAAUCAUUAGGCUGUCAAGUUUGUUCUAGGAAAGGGUGAUUUAACUGGAGGGGUUCCUUUUAUAGAUGCAAUAUACCUACUUUGUCAUUUAGAAUUACAGGGGUUAAUAAAACAGGAAAGGAGUGCAAUUUCCCCGAAGGUCAUCAUUUCUCUCAUCCUCCUCCUACGCAAACUCAUUCAUAAAAGAAUGCUCAGUCAUAGUGUCAUACAUGAUGAAUGAACGAAGACUGGGUUUGGGUAGAAUUGCACCUGGACCAAUCAUAUAAAAGACCCACUGAAAAUGCAUUGCAGUUUUUAAAAGGUAGAGUUUGCAUGAAGACUAUUUUUACUGCCACCUUAGUCUGCAUCCGCAAUGGGAAGAGAGCAAACAUACUACCAGAGCCAAUACGUAAGGGACCUAUUUGGCGAAGAUCAGCAACAGCGACCCAGUAGGCAAGGUAAGCUGCGCUUUGAAUGGUUGCACUUUUGCUGCAUGAGUUCUAGAGGCAAACAGAAGAAUGUAGAUUGGUGGAAGACUUCAUGUCAUAGGCUUAAAUUCUUUUUUUUUUUUUAAAUAAUUUAAUUGGUUUUUCAGAUUAAAAUUUUACAGUCAUAUAUCGAACAUGGAUAAUAAAAAACAAGAUUCCAAGGAAUCUCCUGGACUUCCAUCCUUCCCUUUGUGCAUCCUAUUAUUAAUAAUUUCCUCCUGCAUCUUUUAUAAUGAUCCAAAUCUUUUACAUCACCAUUGUCUCCAGAAUUCACCAUUAAACUACAAGUGAUAUUCCAAUCCAACUAACGAUUUUAACUGUUUACAAUGCUCUUUAAGAUAAGAGCAUUGUAAAUUUAUUUCCCCUAUUCCUUAUUAAAAUUUUGGUCUUCCUGAUUUAUGAUUCUUCCGGUCAUUUUAGCCAUUUCAGCAUUGUCCAUUAACUUCAUCUGCCAUUCUUCUCCGGUAGGAACUUUAUCUUCUUUCCAUCUCUGAGCCAAUAACAUUUGCGCAGCCGUGGUCACAUACAUAAAUAGUCUUUCCUGCUCCCUUGCGAUUUUGGCACCUAGAAUUCCUAAAAGGAAGGCUUCAGGGUUUUUUUUAGCAAAGGGUUAUUUUAAACAUUUUUUUCAAUUCAUUCUAUAUCAUUUCCCAAAAUCCUUUUAUUCGCUUACAUUUCCACAUGAUAAAAGGUGCCUUCUUUUCCCUUACAUUUCCAGCAUACUUUUGAGCCUGUUUUAGUCAUGGACUUCAAUUCUAUGGCUGUUUCUUUUUUAAAAAUGGUUUCUUCCGCCAUACAGCGGUGGGAAAGUUGGAGAUGGGUGAGCAAAAGGAGGUGGAGACAAAUGCAAAACUAAGCCAACAAACAUUCUGGGUGGAAUUCAGCAUAGCACAAAGGAGAUGGUUCUUCCCCCAUGGGAGUAUUCAUAACCCCCCAGAGUAGAUUUGGGGGAGACACAGGGGCACUCAGUGGGAGGAGGGGGGAAAGCCUUAUUGUGGAAGCAGAAAUCCUUGCACCGACUCCCACCGGGUGGUCCUUUUCUUCUGAUACAUAAGCCAUUUCCGCAACCCCCUUAAAUGUAAUGAGAAUAUGUCUAGGAUGCAAUUUAUCCCCUUUGUUUGGGCUACGAGAAGUACUUUUAUCCCGGUAACUUAUGUAUUCAAACAGCAUUCUAACUCCUGAAAUAAUUCAGUAUAUUUCAUUAAAUGCAGCACGUUAUGCCCAUCAUCAAUCUGAACCCACCCAUCAUUUUGACAAAAAGAACAUCAUCCACACGCACAAGAAGCCCUGAUCCUGCCAUAGGCACCCAUCUCAUUGCACCUCUAGUGUGGAAACAGCCCGAGGCCAAAGGAUGCUCUUUUAAAUUGCCUUACUGCAAACUGGGACAAAAAAAAGGUUGCAUUGAUUUUUGCAGGCUCUUUGGACAUUUACAGCCUGCCGGAAGGAAAAUCUAAUGUAACCCCACCAGGAGAAGUACCGGCCUAUGUGAAUACGCAACACAUAAAUAUGGAAAUCCUUCAGGCUCUUCAGGCAGAUGCUGAAAACCUGUUUAGUGGAACAACAGAAAGUACCAAAGACAGCAGCCCAGGAAAAGAUCUUUUUGACAUGAGUAAGUUCCUCCUGAAAAUUCUCUAAAAGCCUCUCUUUGAAUUUUCCUUGCAUCUCAGAACUCAGUAUUUUGCCAACAAUCAUUCAGUUAAUAGCUGUAAGGGAGGGGUGUUUCUUUAGCUGUUGUAUUAGGCAGGACAUGUGGCAACCCUAUAUAGAAAGGUAAAAAAGGUAAAGGACCCCUAGAUGGUUAAGUCCAGUCAAAGGCAACUAUGGGGUUGCGGCUCUGAUCUUGCUUUCAGGCCGAGGGAGCCAGUGUUUGCUCACAGACAGCUUUCUGGGUCAUGUGGCCAGGAGGACUAAACCACUUCUGGCACAACAGAAUGGAUGUGACAUUCAGCACUGCCCAGGUUUCUUCCACUUGGAGGAGGCAAACUGGUGAAUGGAAGGAGGCAAUCCUCUGGCAGUGGGAUGCUAGGGAGUGAGAAUAAGGCAAGUUUGCUUGCUUGAAGGCUGCUGGUAUCUGUGAUUAGAAGCUGGUGGACGUCUCAUGAUGGACCUAACACUAGCUUCUGGCACAAUGGGACACCGUGAUGGAAACCAGAGCACACAGAAACGCUAUUUACCUUCCUGCCACCGCGGUACCUGUUUAACUACUUGCCCUGGUGUGCUUUUGAACUGCUAGGUUAGCAGGAACUGGGAUAGAGCAAUGGGAGCUCACUCUGUCACAGGGAUUCGAACCGCCGACCUUCCGAUCGGCAAGCCCAAGAGGUUCAGUGGUUUAGACUGCAGCACCACCUGCGUCCUAUUCAACCCUAUACAAGAUCCCAGACAUAUGUAUCAGACUAUGUGCCAUCCAUGGUCUCUCCUUUAAUUCCUUUUACGCUUUUACCACCUGUCCCAGACACAGUUCCUUGCCUUGCUGCUUCCUGCCAGCCCACUUUCUCAGGGUCCCUGGAGAUGAUGGUGAGGAAGGAGAGUUCCUCAAGGUCUCCCUCACCACCCAUGCAAAUAAGGGCUGAGGUCUUCUUUUUUGCCUGCUGUGACAAAGACAGAAUUGUGUGCCCUACAAAAUGACAGCACAUUGAUCCAGAAAAACCAGAGAGUAAUGAUAGUUGAAAGAACUGAAAUGCUACAUUUCACGUAUCUGAAAGAUGGCAACUUUCUCACUUUAAAAGCCUGACAGGAGAAAGCAAAGCUAUAAAACAGGCAGGAGGACAAAAAAAAUUGAAGCCUUUGAACCUGUUGUCAUAACUCUAUUAGCCAAAUGGAGAUCAUUCUCAGUUUCUGUUGCUGUUGAGCAGAAUGGGCAGAAAUUUUCUUGAAAACUGUAAUUGCCACAGCAGCAACUUUUGAUCCUAUACCUGCUGGGGUGCCUACUGAGGUAUGUAUUUGCUGCGCUAAAAUCUAGGGACUUAGGAGAGAUCCCUAUUCUUAGUUUAGCACAGUUGUCAUUUGCUCUGUUAAUUUAUUCAGUUGAAUUUACUGAUCAGUGGGAGCACAAUUUCUAUAUAUGAUGAUGAUUUGUUACUUAUACCCCACCCAUCUGGCCUGGCCUCCCCAGCCACUCUGGGUGGCUCCCAACAGAAUAUUAAAAACAGGAUAAAACAUAAAACAUUAAAAACUUCCCUAAACAGGGCUGUCUUCAGAUGUCUUCUAAAAGGCAGAUAGUUGUUUAUUUCCUUGACAUCUGAUGGGAGGGCAUUCCACAGGGCGGGUGCCACCGCCGAGAAGGCCCUCUGCCUGGUUCCCUGUAGCUUUGCUUCUCGCAGUGAGGGAACCGCCAGAAGGCCCUCGGCACUGGACCUCAGUGUCCAGGUUGAAUGAUGGAGGUGGAGACGCUCCUUCAGGUAUAUAAUCCAGAGGAAGUUAAGGGGAUUUAAGAUCCAACAGAAGAGACCUCAGCCUCCCAGCCUUCAGGUGGCUGCAAGAUACCCAGACGUCUUUCGUCAAGACAGCGCUUUUAUUGUAGGGAAAUGCAACGAGUCACUGAACUACGCUGAAUUGCUGCCCUACUACUUAUGCCACUAAUUUGUAUUUGUUACCCACCUUUACUAACAGGCCCUUUUGAAGAUGCUCUCAAGAACCAAACCCCUGGGCCCAUUUUGAACAAGGCUACCUCAGUUGAAUGUACCAGCCCACUCCUCUCCAGAGCAGAAGGUGCGGCAGCAGAACUGAGCACAGAACCCUGGUAUCAAGGAGAGAUGAGCAGGAAAGAAGCCGAACAGCUCUUAAAGAAAUGUGGAGACUUCCUGGUUAGGAAAAGCACCUCCAAUCCAGGCUCGUACGUGCUGACUGGGUUACACAAUGGACAAGCCAAGCACCUUCUCUUGGUGGAUCCUGAAGGAACUGUAAGCAUUUGACCCCAAUUAAGGGGAACAGGUUGGGGCUGGGCGAUAUUUGGUUUUCAAAUAUUUGAUGAUAUAUCCCCAGCUAAAAAUCGCAAUAUACCAGUGUAUCACAAUGUCUGAAAUAAGGAUGCAGUUAUGUAGAGGCAUUGGCAGGCUUCACAGUUUCCCCCACGUUGUGAUGUUUGCAUAGCACACACACACACACACCACAAUUCGCAAUAUAUUGCCAGGCCAAAAAUUAUGAAACCAAUUUCAUGAUAUAGACUGAAACUGGUUUUGGGCGAUAUAUUGCUCAGCCCUAACACACAUCAUGAUUUGUGCUAUAUUGCCAGGUAAAAAACCCCUAUGAAACAGAUAUCACAAUAUGGGCUUCAAACUGGUUUUGGAUAUACUGUCAGCCCUAGAAUAUGCUAGUGGCCAAAAUUGUGGAAACCUUUUGGGAAAAGUGUAUUUCCAAGGUUUGAUGGUUUAGUGCAGCACACGGGGACUCGCUAAAUGGGCAGCUCAGUUCAGGGGUGGCUCGUAGCCGGUUAAACGGCCUCCGUGCAGCGCUUCCGGCCCAUGGGCCGCAGGUUGGGAACGCCUGCCUUAUACAGUGGUACCUCGGCUUUCUAAUGUAAUCCGGAAGACCGUUCAAAUUCUGAAAUGUUGAAAAACCGAAAACUCAAAAUGGAAACCUCAAAAUGGAAAACUCAAUACGGAAGCCGCGUGGCAUGUUUGACUUCUGAGGUGUGUUCGGAAACUGAAGCAUUUACUUCUGAGGUCUACAGUGUUCGAGUUCUGAAACAUUCAUCAACGGAGACGUACAAAAACCAAGGUACCACUGUAUUGUAAUAAUGUAAUGUGCUCUCCAAUCCCCAGGUGGUAAGAGCUCUUGGAGGUUGUCAGAGCAUACUUUGGGUUUCUUUGAAAUGAAGGUAACUGGAGUUGUCUUUGUAAUAAGUGGUGGUUUUUUUGUUUUGGUUUUACACAUAUACACAGGUAUAAGUUGGGAGGGCUCACAGCAUCAACACUCCGACAAGUCCCAUUUCCCGUUCAUUAGGUUACUGGGUGUGGUGGAGCCAUCAAGGCCAAAGCUUUGGAUUCAGCACAGAGAGGAAGCCAAGCCAGUCCUGUCCAAGAUGAGACUGGAGUCUGAUGUUCUUUUUCACUCGUAGACUAGGGCCGUUCAUAAUUUUUUUUUUUUAAAUGCUUGCUCCAAAGGUCUUAUCUUACUACACUAGGGAUUAUUUAGCUACAUCUGAAAUUUCAUGCAUAUCAGUUAAUAUCUGGACCCUGCUCCACUGAAUUGAAAUUUCAGCCUUCACAACAUAAGAAAACGGCCAAGUAAACAGCUAUUUUCGUGGAGGAGGGUCAAGAUAUUGACUGAUAUGCAUGAAAUUUCAGAUAUAGCUAUAUAAUUCCAAGUGUAGUAAGAUAAGACCUUUGGAGCAGGCAUUUAAAAAAAAAAAAAUGGGGUUUUUUUUAAUCGCCCUAUCGUAGACACCAUCGCCUCCAGCCAGGGGAGUGGGACAGAAUCCUGUUCCUGUUUGCCCACUUUCUGGAGGCGUCUCCAGCUUAGCAGUAUCAGGGGCAACAAGUUACCUGUGCUCUGCAAAGAGACAACAGACCUGGCUGGAGCCAUUAACACAACAAAAAGUUCCAUUUGACCACUUCCAAAAAAUAUCUACAUGGUGCCUAGGGAACAACUUGCACCUUAAUAUCAGCAAGACAAAGAACAACUUGCACCUUAAUAUCAGCAAGACAAAGGAGAUGGGGUUGGACUUUUGGAGGAAGAGAGGAGAACUAGCCUCACUGUACAUCGGGGAGGGCUGUGUGGAGAGAGUCUCUUCCUUUAAAUUCCUAGGAGUUUAUCUCAGUGAAGACCUUACUUGGAAAAUAAAUACAACCCAGGUGGUUAAGAAAGCCCAACAGAGACUCCAUCUCCUCAGAGUAUUGAGGAAGAACGAUGUCAAUCAACAUUUGAUGAUCUCCUUCUACCGGUCAACAAUAGAAAGUGUCCUUUCAUACUGCAUCAUGGUGUGGUAUGCUGGUUUGACAUCAACUGAUAGGAAGUGCCUACAGAGGGUGGUGAAUACAGCACAAGAUAUUAUGGGCUGUCCCAUGAAUCCGCUGGGUGAAAUAGCGGAAGAAUGUUGCCUCAGGAGAGUGAGGAAAAUUCUCAGGGAUGAUUCACACCCUGGCCUGCACUUUCUUGAUCUCCUGCCCUCAGGCAGAAUAUAUAGAUGCAUGAUUAGUCGCACCAACAGAGUAAAGAACAGCUUCUAUCCGUGGGCUGUUAGGCUGCUGAAUGAAAAGAUAACAACAGGGCAACUGACUUUCAGGUUUGGUGGGUGUGCGUCAGUAAACGAGGGGAAUUAAGACUAAGAGAGCUGAGUGGGGAGUGCUUGUGUAAUCUCACUGUAUACAAGUUGUACAAGUGACAAUAAAGUAUUUAAAUUUCAAUUCAGCAGAAGCCCACUUUACAGAUAUAAGACCAGAGACUUGGAAUGGACUCUAAAGACAACAUUCGGACUCCCACUGCCCCCUGUAAUUCUCUAACAAUUAUUUCUUGCACGCCUUUAAGAUGCUUCAAGAUUCUUUGCUGUGCUUUGUUGUUGCUGCUGCAACAGGCUAACACAGCCAACUUUCUGCGUGCAGAACCAAUUUCCUUUUGAGGGUUGAACGCUGGAUGCAUAUAGUCUCUUAGUAUCACCUGCUUAUCUAUGAAUGGCAUGAGAGGGGUGUGAGGAGAGCUCCACCUGCAGUUCCUCAACACCUGGGAUCCCAGCCUGCAAUUUCCAUCAGAGCUCAGCAACAUGUAAUCUCUUUCUGUCAAAAUUCAGAAACUCCCCUGUCAGCGUUUUCCCUAGUCACAUCUUCUGGAAGGUGUAUGUAACAGUUAAACGGAAUAGCCACUGCAGUGCAGCCAACACUUUCAUAAGAUGCAAGAGACAUUUUGCUGGCUGGCUCACAGCCUCCCCUAAAGCAAUGAAUGCAACUCACACUGUUAACGCUAGAGGUCAGUCGGAGAUUAGUUUUGGAACUAUUUCCAACAGAGGAGAAUUUGCCUGAGGUUGCUUAGGUGUUUGUAGCAAGCCAAACGCUUCAUGCGAACAAGAAAAUAUAUUUCAUUUCAAAAGUGUGCUUCUGUCUGUGCCUCGCGGGUCAAAAAGGUGGUGAGUCUUUUGCCACUUUAGUGUUGGGAGAGAUGCAGCUACUUUCCAAAAUCUCUGACGUUCUCAAAACACAUCCCUGCGCUGAUGCUGGAAAUUCCACUUCCUAUCCCCCUUGCUUGUUUAUUCAUUUGUUUAUAAGUGAUUUGGACUAAUUUCAAAAGCCCUCUGUAAGUGAUUAGAGCAGACCUCUGCAAGAGAAAUCUGCCUCUUCUGUGGGUAGGGAGAAAACUAAAUAGGGGACGAGAGAAAGAGAAUGCAUGCACCCCCAACAAAUUUCCCAAUAGUAUCAUUUGCCUAAUAAUAAUAAUAAUAAUAAUAAUAAUAAUAAUAGAUGGUCAAUUAAUUUUAAUCAGAUUAGGCUCAUUGAAGUUAAUGAACAUGGCGAAGUUUGGUCCACUAAUUUCUGUUCUGAUUGAAACUUAGUGGCACACUACCCAAUGAUUUGUAAAAAUGCACACUGUUUUGUUUACAUAGCGUUUUAUAUCAGCUGACCCACUGUAAUGAAAUGGAGAGAGUAUUGGGCUUAGACCAAGGAAAUUCCUGCCAGGCCUUGUGGCUCACUGGGUUUGUAUGUGUAUUGGACUGAGGAUAACGGAUAAAAUUCAUUUGGCUAGUUUGGUCCUUAGCUUAAAGGUCAACAUGAUUAUCAAUAAUUGUAUUUCUAUCCCACCCUUCUUCCUGAAGGAGCUCAGGGCAGCAAACAACAAAGGAACAAGAUCAGUACAAUACAAUAAAAAGGGAAAGCGUUUUUUACAAACCCACAUUAUUUAGAAUUGCCAUUUCUGUGGAACUUUUUUUUUUUUUUUUAAAAGAUCUUUAUUGAAAGUUCAAAAAGUACAUAGCUAUAUGUGCACCAGACAUGGUUAGAUGCCAACAAAAGAUAAACAGAACCCAUGCAGAAGGGAAAACAAAGGGGAGAGGUGGGAACCCAAAACUGUAUAUUUUACAAGGUUGUUAUUGUACUUCAAUAUAAUCUUAACCUAUUACAGUAUUUGUAAGAAUGGAUUCCAAAUAUCAUUGAAUUUGUCCAUGGCAAGUCUGCAUUUAUAUGCAAGUUGUUCGUAUGCUGCGAGUUUGUAUAAGUCUUCAAUCCAAUCGUAGAAGGGAGUCACAUUUUUAUUUUUCCAAUUCAUCAGAAUCAGUCUUUUUGCCGUGGUCAGGGCACGGAGAGUCCACUCAUACUGUCCUUUUGUAAGGUUCCAUGUGUUGGGUAUAUAAUUCAAGAGGAUAUUUUGCUAAUGUAAGGUUGUUCUGUACAGUUCUGUUGAUGGUUUCAGUUACCUUCUGCCAAAAAUCUUUCAAUAUAGGACAAUGAAAAAACAUAUGUUUAGAGAAGCAUUAUCCCUAUUGCAUCUCCACAUUAGAUACCCUAGACCAGGGGUCAGCAAACUUUUUCAGCAGGGGGCCGGUCCACUGUCCCUCAGACCUUGUGGGGGGCCAGACUAUAUUUUGAAAAAAAUAUAUGAAUGAAUUCCUAUACCCCACAAAUAACCCAGAGAUGCAUUUUAAAUAAAAGGACACAUUCUUCUCAUGUAAAAACACACUGAUUCCCGGACCGUCCGCGGGCCAGAUUUAGAAGGCGAUUGGGCCGUAUCCGGCCCCCGGGCCUUCGUUUGCCCACCCAUGCCCUAGACAGCCCUUUUUAAAACAAACAUAAUGGGGUCUAGUAUAUCUAAAUAUUAUUCUUUUGUUGUAUGAGCCUCAAUUUAAGAUCCAGAGACACCCUUGUUAGAGCAAUUGAAACAAGUUUCCCACUGUGUGGUCGAAAUGGAGCGCUCUAAUUCUUUAUUCAAAUCUUCCCUCAGUACCUGUACAUCAAAUUGGUUUUCUAAUAACAAAGAUUUAUAUAUGUUGAUGGCCGGGGUUUUUUGUUGCACCAUUUCCGUGGAACAUAUACAAACUUUCCCCUUGCACCCUCUAUUUUUCAGGUUCGUACAAAGGACCGCAUAUUUGACAGCAUCAGCCACCUCAUCAACCACCACCUGGAGAACAAUUUGCCGAUUGUUUCUUCCGGGAGUGAACUUUGUCUCCAUCAGCCGGCAGAGAAAAAACAGUGA